AUGGCGACGCUUUCUCUGACUAGCCCCAGCAGAACUGUCGUGAAGAUGCCUUACCUCCUGGGCAGCAUUUGCACUAUCAUUGGGGUCUUCUACAAGUAUGCAAAGCGGCAUGGCGACUGCUCCACCCUGAACAGGAGGGAGAUGAAGCGACUCAUCUUGAAGGAGUUUGGUGAGGUCAUCAAGGUGAGCUGGAGUUCUGAUGGAGAAAGAAGUACCAAUUGGCGGGGGGGGGGGGGAGUAUUGGCCAGUCUGCCAGGGACAAGGAUAGUGCAAUCAGGACUGUUCCUCUUAUUUAAAAAAACGAAUAAACCUUUAUUGCACUCUGUUGAAGGUGCAAAUUCCAAAUUAACCUGGUUUUAGUCUAUAGUUAUUUCAUUUUGGGGGGGGGGAUUAAAUUGUUAUUAAUUCUUCUUAUUGAUGAAUCUAUUGUUUUAGCUUUUUUGUGAACUGCUUUGAGGGUCUGGGGGUUUACAGAAAAGCUGCGUAUAAUUUUUAUGAAAUAAUAAAUAAAUGAAACAAACAAAACAGAUGCAACAGGCUCAAGGCAGUUCAAUAUGCACAGAUCAUCAUAAUACAUUCCAUCAUGUGUAUAUUUUCUUUAUGGAGUUUCGAGGUGAAGAAGGUAACUCAAAAGGUAUCUGGAGGCAUUAACCUUUGAACUUGCAGAGUCCAUAAGCCCUUUCCAUACUUUCUCGAAUGGGUUCUUUAUCUGUUGUCCGCUUUUGUGUUGCUUGAUCUAAAAGGGCAUUUUGCCUAGCAAGAGAAGACCAGAAAAUAUUCCUCUAUGCCACAGGAGUGGCAAGGAUCCUAACUGCUAAAAACUGGAAAAAAGAAAUUGUGCCAACAAAAAAGGAAUGGCAAGGCAAACUGUUAGAGUAUAUUGAACUGGCUAGAUUAACAGAGGCAAUUAGAGAUCACACUAGACAAGAGUUUCAAAAAGCAUGGGGGAAAUGCAGAGAAUACUUCACAAAACAGUGCCCUAAAAUACAUACCUGGACUUGUUUCAAUUAAUGUCUGCAGGAGACUUUGUGGAUAUUUAAGUUAUAAUUAGAAAAAUCUUAAUAAUUAUUCAUAAAGGAAACAGAUUAUAAGAAGUAAAUAAGGAGACCAGAUAUAGGAUGAAGGAAGUCUUUCAUUUGGUUGUUUGUAUUGUUGUAUGUUAUGCUCGCUGUAUGUUAUGUUCACGUUUAAUGAGGGUGGAUUUCUGUAUUGGGGGGUUUAUGUUAAGUUGUAAAUAAAAUUUCCAAUAAAAAUAAAAAAGAUAAAAGAGCAUUUUGCCAACGUUUUCCAUGCCACUGCUCAGGAUGCCAAUUCUGCAAGGCAUCCCAGUUCUAAGCUACCACGGCUCAACAGCUGUUUAAGUUUGAGAUCUAAUUCUCCAAAAACAUAUCUAACACAACCAAGGUUAGAGAGAUCAGGACUUUUGCUGAGGAACAGGAUUUCAACAGAGCUAAAGGGUAACGCCCUCUGCCUUCUCCAUCUUUCAGAACCCUUCUGAUCCUGAGACGGUUGAGAUGACCUUCCAGCUGCUGGACAUCAAUGGGGACGGCUUGGUGGACUUCAACGAGUACCUGCUGCUCAUCUUCAGAGUGGCCAAGGCCUGCUACAGCCACCUGCAGCCCAGAGAAUGCCUCCUUCAGCAGGGAGAAGCCCGUAGAGCCUUACGUGAAAGGGAAGCUCGAGGGGAAGGACGAGACGAUCGCCAUCUAAGGGAGGAUGAAAGGGAAGGAAGCUAUGAUCGCGAGAGGCGGGACUCUGACCGCACACGACUUCGUCAGCUGGAAGCUGCCACUAGAGACGAGGGGAGAAGAGAUUCCUUUCCACGGGAGGCUGUUGCCCGAGGAGUUGAGAGGAGCCGUCAUGCUCGUGAUCACGAGUUGAGGGAUGAUCGUGGGAGGGACCGUCCAUCCCAUGAGCCUCAGGAUUCGGAAAAUGAGCAUGAGGACUGGCCACGUAAGUCCGAAGAGCAGGCAGAUGUGGGGACUCGUCAGCAGCCUCUUGGAGAUGAGCCACGUAGGAGUGACGCUGGCCGUCGUCAACUAAGACGUAGAGAACCAGAGAUGGAAGAGGACCAUCAGCGCCAAUCGUGGGAGCGUGUCCAGAGAGAAGAUGGUGAAAGACGUCCUCUGCUACGUGAUCCUCGGCUACGGGAAGGGGGUGAAAGUGAGCGAUAUUCCCAAGAGGCCACACAAAGAGACAAAGAUGAGAGGCGACAUCAAGCACGAGACACUGAGCGUCAACUGGAGGAGGAAGAGGACCUGAGAAGGCCACAUGUGUCUGGACCACGGAUAGAUGAAGAAAGCCACAACCGUCGACGUGCAGUACAGGAAAUCAGAUCUGAUUAUGGAAGAUCUCGCCCAUCCCGUGAACCCCGCGAACGGGAAGAUGCAAGGAGGGACGAUUACGUACGUGAAGCUGAGCGGAGGUCUAGCAGACGUGACCAGUGUGUAUCUGAUGCGUGCAGGGAUCAAAGAUCUGACCGUGAACCAGUAGAUUGUGAUGAUGAACGCCACUCAUUUCCUAGAGAGGGUGAGAGGAGAUCUCGGUCCCGUGAUGCAGAACAAGAGCAGAGAAGGUCUCAGAUGCCUGAGGAAGAAUACAGAGAGAGACCCAGGUCUAGUGAUCCUGACUACAGAGUGGAUGAGCAGAGAAGACAGCGUCAGUACACAGCCCAGUCUAGAGAGGCUGAGCUCCAUGAGCCUGAUGUAAGAGAAUCUGAACGGAGGAGGCGCCAGCCUGUGGAUCAAGACCACUGGAACAGACCUUAUCCACGGGAGUCAACCACAAGAGAAGAGCUUGAAGACCAGCGAGGGUCUCGUGAUCCAGAACGCAGAGAGCGUCAGUGGAGUAGGCUCCAUCCUUACGAGCGUAAACCUACAGACGGUGAGAGGAGAAGGCCCCAAUCUCGUGAGUCAGAGAUCAGAGAGGGUGACCGGAGGAGGUCCCAAAGACGUGCACAAACCCCAGAAGAUGGCAGGAGACGGGAGCAGUACCAUCAGGAUGAUGCCCAAGAGGAGGAGAAUCUGAGGAGGAGGAGACCCCUGUCUGGUGACCUUGAACCUCGUGACUAUGAAUCCUGCAGGCCUCAAAGACGUGAACGAGAACCAAGAGGUGAUGGUCAGAGGCGGCAGCAGUAUUAUGACCCUGAGCCUUUGGACAGAGAUGUUGAGAGGAGGAUGCCAGAAGCCCCAGAAUCUGCUCGACGAGAGGGUAGCCGAGGAAGGCAGCAAUAUUCUGACCCUGAUACCCAAGAAAGAGGGAGCAGGAGAAGGCCGCAGUCACGUUAUUCUGAGUCCCGGGAAGAUGAGAGGAGACCUGAGGAGGCUGACUUCAGUGAUGAUGAGAGGGAAAGGCCCCAGGCAAGACAGUCCCUUUCUAGACCAAGAGAAGACAACAGGUGUUAUCCAUCAGUAGGCAGCCGAAGGGAGUGUGAUCGGGGCAGGCGACAGGAAUACAGUGGCCAGAGGCGCAAUGUUGACCAAAGUGGCGAUGAACAGGAGAGGCGGGCCCCAUUACGUGACACUGAUGCUGAAGAUACUGAGCAAAGGCGAUCCCAGUCACGUGAUACUGAGCCAAGAGACAGUGAGCAGCGGAGGAGAACCCAGUCACGUGACACUGAUGGCCAGAGGCGCACUGUUGACCAAAGUCGUGAUGAACAGGAGAGGCGGGUCCCAUUGAGAGACAUUGAUGCUGAAGAUGCUGAGCAAAGGCGAUCCCAGUCACGUGAUACUGAGCCAAGAAACAGUGAGCAGCGGAGGAGGACCCAGUCACGUGACACUGAUGGCCAGAGGCGCAGCCAGAGGCGCACUGUUGACCAAAGUGAUGAUGAACAGGAGAGGUGGGCCCCAUUAAGUGACACUGAUGCUGCAGAUGAUGAACAACGGCGAUCCCAGUCACGUGAUAUUGAUACAAGAGACAAUCAGCAGCAGAGAAGAACCCAGUCUCGUGACACUAAUGGCCAGAGGCGCAGCCAGAGGCGCACUGUUGAACAAAGUGACGAUGAACAGGAGAGGCGGGUCCCAUUGAGAGACAUUGAUGCUGAAGAUGCUGAGCAAAGGCGAUCCCAGUCACGUGAUACUGAGCCAAGAGACAGUGAGCAGCGGAGGAGAACCCAGUCACGUGACACUGAUGGCCAGAGGCGCACUGUUGACCAAAGUCGUGAUGAACAGGAGAGGCGGGCCCCAUUGAGAGACAUUGAUGCUGAAGAUGCUGAGCAAAGGCGAUCCCAGUCACGUGAUACUGAGCCAAGAGACAGUGAGCAGCGGAGGAGGACCCAAUCACGUGACACUGAUGGCCAGAGGCGCAAUGUUGACCAAAGUCGGGAUGAACAGGAGAGGCGGACCCCAUUGCGUGACAUUGAUGCUGAAGAUACUGAGCAAAGGCGAUCCCAGUCACGUGAUACUGAGCCAAGAGACAGUGAGCAGCAGAGGAGAACCCAGUCACGUGACACUGAUGGCCAGAGGCACACUGUUGACCAAAGUCGUGAUGAACAGGAGAGGCGGGCCCCAUUGAGAGACAUUGAUGCUGAAGAUUCUGAGCAAAGGCGAUCCCAGUCACGUGAUACUGAGCCAAGAGACAGUGAGCAGCAGAGGAGGACCCAGUCACGUGACACUGAUGGCCAGAGGCGCAAUGUUGACCAAAGUCGGGAUGAACAGGAGAGGCGGGCCCCAUUGAGAGACAUUGAUGCUGAAGAUUCUGAGCAAAGGCGAUCCCAGUCACGUGAUACUGAGCCAAGAGACAGUGAGCAGCAGAGGAGAACCCAGUCACGUGACACUGAUGGCCAGAGGUGCAGCCAGAGGCGCACUGUUGACCAAAGUCGGGAUGAACAGGAGAGGCGGGCCCCAUUGAGAGACAUUGAUGCUGAAGAUUCUGAGCAAAGGCGAUCCCAGUCACGUGAUACUGAGCCAAGAGACAGUGAGCAGCAGAGGAGGACCCAGUCACGUGACACUGAUGGCCAGAGGCGCAAUGUUGACCAAAGUCGGGAUGAACAGGAGAGGCGGGCCCCAUUGAGAGACAUUGAUGCUGAAGAUUCUGAGCAAAGGCGAUCCCAGUCACGUGAUACUGAGCCAAGAGACAGUGAGCAGCGGAGGAGGACCCAGUCACGUGACACUGAUGCAAGGGACAGUGGCCAGAGGCAAGCGCUGACACGUGAUACUAACCAAAGAGAUAGCGAACAGCAGCGGAGAGCCCUGCCAACAGAUGAUGAGCAGAGAAGAACCCGAUCAGGGGACCCAAGGUGUGAUGGAAAGCAAAGAAGAACAUCAUCACAGGACACCAAUGCUACAGAUGUUGACCGGAGACAAACACAGGCCCGUGGCACUGACCCGAGAGAAGGUGAACAGCAAAGGAGACCCCAAUCGCGUGACGCUGAACCAGCAGAUGUUGACCAGAAGCAGACACCAACACGGGGUGCUGACCCCAGAAAUGAUGAGCAGCGGCACCGAGUCCUGUCACGGGACACUGAACAAAGUGAUGGAGAGCAAAGGCAGACUCAGUUGCACAGUGUGGAUGCCAGGAUUGCUGCCGCAAGGGACGGCAGGCAGCAAAGGAGAACUCAGACCAGUGACGUUGACUCGAGAGAUGCUCAACAGCAGAGAAGAAUGCAGUCGAGUGACACUGAACCAACAGAUGGUGACCAGAGACAAACCCAGACCAGUGAGGCUGGCCCAAGAGAGAGAGGGCAGCAAAGACAAACUGAGUCACGUGACACUGAGCAGGGGGCGUCCCGAGAAGAGCCCCGUUAUUCCGAACCCAAGGACAACGUUCAAAGGAGGCAAGUUGUGCCAGAAACCCAAGUGGCUCAGCCAAGCAGUGUCCGACAAGCUGAGCCUCUAGCACAAGACGUUGAGGGGAGCAGAGCUCCUCCACGUGAGGUUGCACCCAGUGCUGACACAGCCAGGAGGCCACGACCACAAGAGCAGGAAGCUGCAGAGAGGGUGCUGGGAAGGCAGAGGCCGGCUGAGUCUGGAGAAACUCAACAAAGACCAAGUGAAAGGGAGAGAGCCCAGUCACGUGAGCCUCAGCGGAGCGAUGGGGAGCAGGGCAGAGCACGCCCAGGUGGGCCCGAUCCAAGACAGUCCACAAGAAGCCUGUGUGGACCAGAACGGAGCAGGGCUGAGAGAAGCCAGCCACGUCAACCGGAGCCCCAAGAAGGAGACUCAAGGAGGCAACAGACUCAAGACCCUGGAUCCACUGAUGGCAAGACCUCCCAGCCUCGUGAGCCACAGGCUGCGGACCGCCAGCGAGGAAGACCCAACACAGAACCCAGAGCUGAGGGCAAAUCUGAAGGGAGAGAAGGGGCUCGGGAACAACAGUCUAGGGCAACCGAACAACAGCAAAACCCGGUUCAGGGUGUGUCCCGCAAAGAAGAAAGUGGCUGCCCUGGGUCGAUGGAACGGCAGUCCGAGGAGAGUGACCGAAGCAGCCCACAGGCCCGAGAAGCCCAACCGCCAUUGGAGGAGGUUGGCGAGCCUGGCGCAGAAAGACCACCAGGUGGCGCCGUGAGCGAGAGCACCCCUGAAUCCAGCUCCCAGGAGAAGCCGGGUUUUCUGUGUGGCGACAAAGUGCCGCUGGUUUGCAACCCGCUCUAUCAAUAUCUCCUGGCCCAGAAGAAGCAAGAGCAGCCAUAGGCAACCCGGGAAAGAUUCAGGCUGAGGCCACCACCUCCUCUGCCAUCUGUCCAUCCACACAUGCAAUCGAAAUCAGGGGUGGAUGACAUUUGUGGCCCUCCAGAUGUUGCUGGACUCUACCAGCCCCAGCUGGCAUGGCCAAUGAACAGUCUGGUGGGAGUCAGGGUCCAGCAAGAUCUGAAGGGCCACAGGUGUCCCCCCCAACCCUGCUUUGGGUUGUCUAUGACCUUCCUGGGUUCUCAUCCACUCUUCUAAUCAGCCCUACGUCAGUGGUCCCAGCCAACCAGGGAGAGCACACCAUUGAUGUGUCCCUGGCCUCUUAGAUGACAGCCAUUAUUUUAGAUCGCCUGUUUCCCUCAGUGGGUCUUCUUCUAAUCAGCUCUAAUCAGCUCUAAAUCAGUCCUUUGCUUCACGUAAUUGGUAUUUAUGCUAGCACGCUACCAUAUAUAUGUACGCUGAGCAUCCCUACUCGAAAAGCAUGGUGGUUCAUGGCUUACACUUCUCUCUCACAGCACAAUCUUACUCGUGUUUACUCUGACGUAAGCCCUACUACAUUCAACAGAGCCAACUCAGAUUAUGUAUGCUUUGAAAUAUCAGGAUGGACUGGGUUCUGGUAUAAACAAAUGUUCUAAAUUAAGGACCUAGACUACCUAUAAUUGGGACUGGGCUGAGUUUUUGCCCGCAAAAACCUGAGGACAAAAAGAGGGGUUUUCAAGGGGUGGAGGGAAAGGAAGACACACAAACACCCCUUCUUUAUCUUUGUUUGGUGAGAUCUUUGUCCUAGGUCACAUCUGUUUCUGUUGAUAAUCUGCUGUCUCUGUGCCAUUUAAGUUUUUAAAAAUGGUGUUCCUCCUGAGAUGAUCCCAGUCAGCCAGGCACCCACACACAUCAUUCAUGUGGUCAAACAAGGGCCACGUCAGUACCCCACAUGCAUCAUUCCCAAAGUUGUCCCAGCCAAUCAGGGACCACGCAGGCACCCACAUGCAUCAUUCUUAAGGCGAUCCUAGCCAAUCAGGGAUCAUGUAAGCACAACGGAAUUUUGCUUUUCUCCUUCAGAGAUAACACUUGUACUCCUCAAUAAUCGCUCAAUAAUCACUACUAAAACAUAUAUGAUUAAUCUGCUAAUGUUGAUUGAAUCGGGGGACAGCUUGAUUCUUUUCCUGCUUCUGCCAAGGGGAUAAUGAUUGUGGUUUCAGAGGGAUUGUGAUUAAAUGGCUCUGCCUAUUAAAUUCUGCCCCCUUCAGAUGCAACACCUCUCCGUCGGCAGCUGGUUGAACAACAGAACCCUUGUCUCUGACCUCCUUUGCAAGGGGGUUGAGUUGGAUUGCUAUAGGGGCAUGAAGGCAAGGCCCUCCAGUGCUUGCAGCUAUAGAUCUUCUGUAUUAUGUCAUGGUACUCAAUAAAUGGCUCUAGAAUGAAAGCAUUGGCUCUUGUUUCUUCCUCUGUUUUUCACCUUAAAUGAUCAAGGGGGUGCAGCAACUCCUCUUUGUGCUGGGCCCGGGGGUAACCCGAGCAACACGGUCCAGGUCCGGUCCCGAAUCCAAGGAGUCAGUCCAACAGGGCCAAGGCAGGAAAACAGGCAAGGACAGGCACCGGAUCUCAGGCAGGAUCUGGCAUACAGCAAUAUUGCUCCAGCAACCUGGGGCGAGGUCCGACAGCCUUUUAUCUCUGUCGGGGUAACGGCCGGUCCUGAUCCCCCAGCAACUCACCUCCCUGUCUUGCCCGAAGGUGAGCACUCCUCCUGCAAGUACUCAGGUCUCUCCUUCUCUCCGACCUGAGUCUCUGCAGCUCAGGAGAUAUCGGUGAGUUACUAGACCCAGAGGCCGCCUCAGCCUCCCCUGACCCAACUGGUAGUGGAGCAGCUGUAAGGGAUGGCCCAGCUGGAGGCAACGAGGUCAUCCCCGCAUCUGGAGCCAGGGCAGGCUCAGGCCCCUGACUCGGCCCAGCUGGUGCUUGUUGCAAGGGAACCUGUGCAGACUGGGGCUCUUCAGGAUCAGGCCCCAGACUUGGUUCAGAUGAUGCCUGAGGCAAAGGAUCCGGUGCGGACUGAGACUCCUCUGGUUCCGAGUCUGAGCCCAAGUCCCAGGCCAUUAAACUCUUUGAGGAAAUGUUACAACACUUCAGACUUUUUAGUUCAGAGAAAAGGCAAGUGAGAGGAGAUAUCGCAGAAGUUUUUUGUAAAAUAAAAACGAUGCACUGCAUGGAGAACGUGGACAGAGAAAUAUUUUUCUCCUGCUAGAACUUGUGGGAAUCCAGUGAAGCUGAAUGUUGGGAGAUCCAGGACAGAUCAAAGAAGGUCCUUCUUUGUCUUAAACUAAGGAACAAACUGCUUCAGGAAGCUGUGAAUGCCACCAACCGGGCUGGCUUUCAAAGAGGCUAUCUUGCCCAAGGCAAGGUGCUUCUUUUAAAAUGAGAUUUAGGAGCAAUACAGAAGACACAAGUGAGCGAGAAGAUUAAAUAUUUUAUUCUAAAACAGCAAGCAAUGUAUAGUGGUACCUUGGUUUUUUAACGUCUCCGUUAAUGAACAUUUCAGUUUUCGAAUGCCGUAAACCCGGAAGUAAAUAAAUAAUAAAUAAUAAUAAUAAUAAUAAUAAUAAUAAUAAUAAUUUAUUAUUUAUACCCCACCCACCUGGCUGAGUUUCCCCAGCCACUCUGGGAGGCUCCCAAUUGAGUGUUAAAAACAAUACAGCAUUAAAUAUUAAAAAGUUCCCUAAACAGGGCUGCCUUCAGAUGUCUUUGAAAAAUAAGAUGCUGCUUAUUUCCUUGACAUCUGAUGGGAGGGCAUUCCACAGGGCGGGCGCCACUACCGAGAAGGCCCUUCGGUUUUCAAACACGCCUUGGAAGCUUCCACUGUAUAUGUUAUUUUUCUCGAUUUUCUCUAUUAAAUUUGCAGACCGCCCUUUGUGCCUCAGGUUUCAAACAUUUCAGAACUCAAAAGAUCUUAUGGAACAGACUAUGUUCAAAAACCCAAGGUACCGCUGUAUACAUACCAAGCAAGCGCUGUUGUAAACAAAAUCAAUCUGCCCUUUUCCCCUUAUGGGGGACCCAAGAGCCCAUAUAGAGUCCUUACACUUGGAAGCCCUCAAGAAGCGGUAGCCUCAGUUUGCACAGCCCUGCGGCCAAUCAGUCCAUGCACAAACUUCUCCAAAACUCUGCCCAAACCGUCCAAUUUUAUAGAUAGCCUGUGUGGCUUGCCCAACUGGCUUGCCCAUUAGCCAGCCCCUAAAAAUGCCUCACUUUCUCGAAACCAUGUCCAACAUCAAAGAAGUUUUAUAAGAAGAAAAAAACCUGCUCCUUUAUGAGGUUUCCAAGAGCCCGUAUAGAGCCUUUUUGUAGGUUCUCUAUGGGUAGGAGAAAAUAACAGAGGCCAACCAGAGAAUAUUGAGAAGCAAAGCAGCUAGUAAGCCUGAUCUUUAUUAAACUGCUGCAACAGGAACCCAGAACCAUGGUGUGCAAGUUCUUAUAUAGACUUUUGAAAUUGCAACUGGCGCUGUGGUCUAAACCACAGAGCCUAGGGCUUGCCGAUCAGAAGGUCGGCGGUUCGAAUGCCCGCGACGGGGUGAGCUCCCGUUGCUCGGUCCCUGCUCCUGCCAACCUAGCAGUUCGAAAGCACAUCAAAGUGCAAAUAGAUAAAUAGGUACCGCUCCAGUGGGAAGGUAAACGGCGUUUCCGUGCGCUGCUCUGGUUCGCCAGAAGCGGCUUAGUCCUGCUGGCCACAUGACCCGGAAGCUGUACGCCGGCUCCCUCGGCCAAUAAAGCGAGAUGAGCGCCGCAACCCCAGAGUCGGCCACAACUGGACCUAAUGGUCAGGAGUCUCUUUACCUUGACCCCCGAAAACAACAUACAUACAUCACAGAAAAAGGUGGUUCCCAACAGAAAUUUGAGUGUGUUGCUUCUCUCCUGUCUGCCAGGAUACCUGAUCGUGCCUUAUCUGAUUGCCUUUUCUGGGUAGCCUGGCCAUUCCUUUGAGAUGGUAAAUAGUUCCUGAAUCUCUUACCCAUAUUGAUAGUGUGCUCAGCUUAACAGAUACUUGCCAGACUGUAUUCGGAAAGGGAGGUGUAAGCCCCUACAGUCAAAAGACAAUCGGAAAGCUUUUUCCAUUUCCUUCCUCCUUGCAGAGAAAUAUUUGAAAGGAUAAUGGGGGAAUAGGAGGUUUUCAAAUUGGUGUCAGAGAGCCGGUAGAGAUGGCUCUUCUCAACCACCAGGUGGAGUCAGAGAGUCAACAAUCUGACAGCUGCUUAAUUGCCUCUGGGAAGGCGAUGAUUAAUCGCAUGAGUCACUGGAAAGUUUGUACAGGGAUUUUGUGAAGUUUAUUGAUUUCUCGCCCUUCUUGCUUGUUGGAACUUGCCCCCAUGGAACAGAGAUUUUUUUUAAAAAAACAACAACCCACAAGAGAACAGCCUAGCACACACACAAUUGCACACUCCUAGGUGUGUAGCUUGACUUCUUCUUCCACCAACUCACUGGCGUUGAUCUGAAACCAAGCCAUUGUUUCCUCCCCGUUGCCAGGCACUCCCUCGUUUUUCCCCACGAUAUUUUUGGAAUCUGCCCAGGUAUCCCAGGUGCAGAGACUUGUUUUCCUUUUGUUUUGUUUUCCUGUAGGAACACAGGAUGCUGAAUUACUGGUCCAUCUCGGCCUACGCUGCCCAGACUCUGACUGGCAGCUCCACGGGGUUUCAGGCAAAGCCUCACCCAACUCUGCCAGAGGAUCUCUUUAAGGGUUGAAUCUGGGACCUUCUACAUGCAAAGCACGGGCUCUCAGGCUGAACUGCAGCCCUUCCCCUGAAAAUAAAUCAAGUUUCCAUUUCUCAUUGUUCUUAAGAAGGGCUGGUUUAAAGGAGAAGUGGCUUCACACUGGUCAGAUUUAAUAUUUGUGUUCUGCUUUUCCAACAGCACAUGUUGAGCUCAAAGUGGCUCACAAUAAUCAUAAUAACAUUUUUUUUAAAAGUUGCAAUCACUAUCGUACAUAUCACACAUAAAUAAAGCGAACAACAAACUCAUCAGAAUAAUCAAUAUUCAAUAAAGGCGGACAAUUGGCCCACCUAGUUCAAUACUGGCUACACUGACAGGCAGUGGCCCUCUGGGAACUCAGACAGGGCAUCCCCAGUCCUACCUCGAAGGUUGAGCUAAAAGAAAAAUCUCUGAAAUUUUCCCAGGGUAGUGAGAAUUUUCCACUCAACUCUUUUUAAAAAAAUAAUAAUAAUUUUUAUAAAAUUUUGCAUGAUUUUAUCAUCACAAUGUCAUAUCACAUAACAGAAAAAUACAAUUCCCAUGUCCCAUCCCCCUUGUGACUUCCCUCAAUUUCCUCUUCUGGUUUUUUACAUAUUGAUUUCUCCUGCUUGUUUUGUUAUUCUUGCUUUUAAAGCCUUUAAAAUAAUUCCUAUUAUCCUCUUGAUAUUUUAACAUCGUUGUUAUAUUUUCUGUAUUUAUUUUGGUAGUUGUGGGUUAACUGAAACCUGCUAGUGAGUCCAUUUCAUUACUGUACAUUGUUUCUGUAAGUAUAACGUAGAGGUUCUCUGUUUAGGGAACAUUACAGGGAUUUUGAAUUUCACCACGGCCUCUUUCAUCAUUUCUUCUGAAAUUUGCAAGACUCUUGCCCUGGAAGGGCGUCACAACCACAAGAUCUUCUGUCUGGGCACAUUGCAGGGUUAAGAAAUCUUAGCAGGACCUCUGCCUAGUGACCAAGUCCGAAAAGUCACAGGGAGGGCACAGACUUCCUGCUAGCUGACGCCUACCAGAUAUCGACUCUUGGUUGUUGUUUUUUAAGGUCUUCCUUACAAACAGCCUGUAAAAGCAGAAUAUACUGGACCCCAUUAUGUUUGUUUUAAAAGGGGGUAUCUAAGGACGCAGAUGGCGCUGUGGGUUAAACCACAGAGCCUAGGACUUGCCGAUCAGAAGGUCGGCGGUUCGAACCCCUGCGAUGGGGUGAGCUCCGGUUGCUCGGUCCCUGCUCCUGCCAACCUAGCAGUUCAAAAGCACAUCAAAGUGCAAGUAGAUAAAUAGGUACUGCUCUGGCGGGAAGUUAAACGGCGUUUCCGUGCGCUGCUCUGGUUCGCCAGAAGCGGCUUAGUCCUGCUGGCCACAUAACCUGGAAGCUGUACGCUGUGAUAGGAAUUUUAUGGUUUUAGAUAUAUGGCAACGUUCAUAACCACACGUACAUAGAUCAGCACAGGAAAGCCAACCUGGAACCAUUUUGAUUCCUAAACUGAGCAAAUGUUUCUCUGCAUGGUAAAAAUGGAAAAGCCUCCCCAUUGUCUCUUUCCUCACAAAUCCUGUCUCAAGGAUAUGUCUGUUUGAAUAAGGUGUGAGCCUGUGACCUGGCCCAGGAAAUAAGUAUUUUACCACUACAAAAGAAUGGCCAGGUCACAGGCAAUCCAAUCAAGUAACUUGCCAGACAGGAGAUAAACUGUGACAGGAGAAAAACAACAUUUAAAUUUCUGUGAUGUAGGUGGGAUGUAUCUGAGGGGUGGUCUUAGGUUACACCCCUUCUGUGAUGACUGCAUAAUGUUUCUGGGGGUGGUCUUGAUCUAGAGGAUGGGGAUUUCAAAAGUCUUUAUAAGCCCUUGCAUAGCAUUUUUGUGGGUCCUCUUCCUCUCCUGCGUGUGAGGGGAGCACCCUGUUGCAACAGAUCAAUAAAGAUCAAGCUUACUAGCUGCUUUGCUUCUCAAUAUUCUCUGGUUGGCCUCUGUUAUUUUCUCCUACCAAGAGGGAACCUAUGUAAGGACUCUAUGGGCUCUUGGAUACCCCAUAAGGGAAAAGGGCAUAUUUUUAUUUACAACAACGCCGGCUCCCUUGUCCAGUAAAGCGAGAUGAGUGCCGCAACCCCAGAGUCAUUCGCGACUGGACCUAAUGGUCAGGGGUCCCUUUACCUUUACCUAAGGUAUCUAACUGUUGGAGACGCAAUAGGGAUAAUGCUUCUCUAAAGCAUGUGUUUUUAGUACUAUUUUAGUGUUGUUAGCCGCCCUGAGCCCUGCUUCGGCUGGGGUGGGUGGGAUAUAAAUAAAAUUUAUUUAUUAUUAUUUUUAUUAUUAUUAUUAUUAUUAUUAUUUCAUUGUCCUAUACAGUGGUACUUCUGGUUGUGAACGGGAUCCAUUCUGGAGCCCCGUUCGCCACAUGAAAGGAAUGCAACCUGCGUCUGUGCAUCUGUGCAUUCCAUCACACUGGGAAGACUCACAGAUGGGCCAUUCCACUGAGCUUCACAAUGAUAAGGAAUGGAAUCUCAUAUAUAUGUGUAUAUAUAUAUAUAUAUAUAUAUAUAUAUAUAUAUAUUUAAAUGCAGCAGCAGUUACUUCCAGGAAGCUGGAUUUUGCAUCUCAGUGCACAUUCCCAGCUUUCUCACCCCCUGUCACUCCCACCCCACAGAAUAGGGGACCCCCACAGACCCUUUCCUAGAAUUGGGCUCAGAAGAUACAGCCCUUUUUCAUGUGCGGUAGGAAAGAUUUUUAAGCCCGAGGGCUGUAUUGCCACAUGCAACCUUCUGUGGGAUGCAUGUCUGGCAGAGCAAAAAAUGUGAACCAUCUCCACCAGUCUCAGGCCUCACUCCACACACACACACCCGCACACACACACACAAAAAGCCACACAACCAGUGAUGCUCAGUAGACCCUGAAUGUCGGGUAUCUGAUUGAAAAGGGGGGAAAUGGGGAGAGGGAAACAGGAGACAGGGGAAAGCCCUGCUUGGAAGGAAUGGCUGUCUGGAAGCCUCUAGCACUUUCGAUAGGCAAGAGGUUAUACUGCAACUUUUUGUUGCAGCGCACAUCUUUUUUGGUAACAUAAUAAGGAACUGGCUAUUGCAGAAUGCGUGAACACAACAGAGGCAACAAAGAGCCUUUGGCAACGGGUAAUACAAGUGGCGAUGGGGAAACUCUUCUUGGUCUGAUGACAGGAGGAGUCCAGUUACUCAAGAGGAAUGUCCUCUUUCCCCUGCAAAAUAUUGAAUCUUUGUCUCCUUAGAUCCUCUCCAGCCCUUAGCUAGAACUGGAGUUUGAGGGCUGCUGAGAUAUUGGGAUGGUGUCUCAAUGUCGCUUUGACAUUGCCUCUAAACUGUUGGGCUGGCCUGCCACCUAUUCAGCCUGUAGAUUUGUGAAUCGGGGUCCUUUGGUCUGAUCCAGCUGCUAGAUAUCUUUGAAUAUCUAAAGGUGGUCACCUGGAAGAUAUUUUGAUCAAGCUGAACGGAAGCUUUAGCUGAGAAGCUGCAUCUCAAGAGUUCUUGAGAAAAGGGGAGCCUCGCCUGUUGGAUUCCUGCCUGCCUGCACAGCGCCGCAACCAGAAAAUUUAUAUAUACAGCAAGAGGGAAGGGGGGGUGUGGAGAGAUAACAGGGAAGCCAAGAGAAACAAACUUUCUCUGCCUCCCCUUUCGUCUCACAUUCCUGAGCGAAUAAGGAAGGUGGGGCUUGUAUUCUCUCCAAACAGGCAAGUCUGGCUUUGUCAUUUCAAAGCAAUUGCUCAAGCGAGGAGGGGAAGGGGGAGGCCGUCUUUUUAACAGGGGGGGGGGAGCAGGGCGUUGGCCGGGAGGGGAGGGGCCACAGAGCCACCCGUUGCACAUCAAAUCCCUCGCUCAGAGCUAGCUGUCCAACUCAGCGGCCGGCCAGCCAAGUCUCUGCGUCCUAUCGACUGACAACUUACCAGCACUAUGGUAAGUUGACGCCCCGGCGCUUGGCACUCCUUGCAAGAGGGCAGAGGGAUUUAUGCGCCGUGAUGCGCAGGAACAGGGGAGGGAGAAUUCUCGUCCAGUUUUUCUAACGAGACAGCAGGCCCGGAAAGUUUGUUUCCGUUUGGCGGGGAGGCAAAGCGGGGAGUGGAAAGGGCUUUGGCAGGGAGGUCAUCCUCUCCAAUCAAGGCUCCUGGAAGACACGCAUGGCGCAUGGCUGAGCCCUACGGGCCCCAAUUCUAGUUUUCCUCAUUCGUUCGUGUUUGUCGCAUGGAAGACGCCGCUCAUUCCCUGCAGCAAACAUUUCAGUUGGAGAGGGAAGGCGCAUGGUGGCGCAUGGCGGCGCUUGGCGGCGCAUAGCUAUGCGCCAGAGAGCCAUGCAUGGCCAUGGUGUUUGCCGGUGCUGUUUUUCUAGAAGAAUGAGCUGCCUACAUCUCACCAUGAACACCUCCCUCGUUCUCUUAUAAUGGCAAUGAGAGGUGCCAGAACCGAGUUCCAGUGAGCUGGGGGGAAAUGCUCUGAUGUCUGGAGAGAGGUGCGCCUCCCUUUGAAACAUGGUGGGCAUGCCCGACGUCUGAGAUGCAUGUCUUCCCUCAAAGGGCUGCAGGCCACAGACCUGGCUGGAUCCCACCAUAACCACUCAGAGCCAGGGUCAAAAAUUGGCAUUAUUUUCAUAAGAAAAGACCUCUGGAACCAUUCCUGGCUAGUUUCAGUUGUGCUCAAGGGAGACCUAGGUAAGGGCGUGGCUGCAUUUGCCACCUCGAGACAUGCACACACCCAUAGCGCACAGCACAUCAGCUUGUGCGCCUCUAUGCGCUGUAGAGGACGAUGAGCAUUUUGAGGCCAGCAAAACGUCACAGAUCCCAGGGCAGGGAGGCAUCAGCAUGUAACAGGAUUCCCACUCUGGCAGCUGUUCAACAGGUGAAGCUUUCCUUUCUUGCAUGCGUGCAUAGCAAGGCCUGUUGGAUUUCUGCCUGCCACGUGGCAUGGGCACCGUUACCACGAAGGAGAAGGUGACAACCCACCAUUUAAUCUGUGCAAUGGGAGAUAUUCAACAGGUACAGCCUGCCCUGGUGCUGUUUCGCCUUGCUGUUAAAAGCUUCACCUGUUGAACAUCUCCCACACCAGCACACUGAGCUCUCCGUCUCUUGCUUUGGGCGCACAUGUGCUGGGAGGAGGCCAUAUUUCAGUUUUCUACCUCAAACAAGUUGCUACUGAAAACGCAGAGAAGGCCAAGCCUCCUUUCGGAGGUCGGCUGUUGCUGUAGUCUUUCCCCACAGAAAAAGAAAAGUCAAAUAAAUAAAAUUGCCCAAUUGAGUUGAGCAAGCAGAAGAGCUUUUGCAUCAGGCACAGUAACGCCAUGGAUAUAUUUCAGACUCUUUCUGGGCCCCAAACAGGAGAAUUUCCUAACCUGCGGGUUGCCAUCCAAUUGGAUUUUAUUCUGAUCCUGAUCUGAUUUUAGGGUGUAUUUUAAUUGAUUGCCUGAUUUGAUGUUCAUGUGUUGCACACUUGAUGUUAGCCACUCUGAGCCCGAUUUUGGCCGGGGAGGGCGGCCAAAAUGUAUUAGUAGUAGUAGUAGUAGUAGUAGUAGUAGUAGUAUUUCAUAUAAUUUUUAUUGGGUUUUCAUAUUUAAUUACAUCUCAUUACACAAAUCUAUAACACAAAACAUUGCUCAUACUGAGAAUUGACUUCCUUCCCCCCCUCUUUCUGACUUCCAAACAUCUUUUACUAAAUUCUCGCAUUUCUAUAAUCACUUUUUUACCUUAAAGCUUCUUCUUUUUUAUGAUAAUUACCUCUUUAUAUGUAAAUCAGGUCCUUCUUUUCACAUUACAAAACAUUUCAGUUUAAGCCUACAAACGUUUUCAAAUGUUUACAAUUAUUACUAUUAUUAUUAGGCCUAAGGGGGUGGCAAUUUUGCACCGAAGUGAAACCAUGUUCUCUCCACCUUCAGAGUCACAAGAUGCUGGACUAGGUGGGUCUCCUUGGACCUGAUCCAGCAGCUGGGCUUUUCUGACGUUCUUAUGGAACCUCCAGGUCCACAGGCAGUCUAUCUGGAUUCCUAGAGGGUAUCUGGCCACUGCCAGAAGCAGGCUGCUGGACCAAAUGGGCCCCCUUGAGACCUGAUCCAAAUUCAGGGCUCUUCUUGUGAUCUUAGCCUGCUGUUCUCUUGAGCCACCAGGAUAUUGGAUUACAGAAGCGCUGAGAAGAGUUGGCAGCUUUCCUCUUUCAGCCGAAAAAGGCCGUGUUAUUUUAGCUCCGUGCAUUUCCUGGGAAUGGGGGUUAGGAGACAAUAGCGGCUGGAAGAAUGAGGAAGAAAUGCUUAUUCGUCAUACUUCCCUUUCAAACAUGCUCUCCCCCCCCCCCCCCGCCCCCAAUGAUGCCAACUGUUCCUGCCCUCUGCGUGGCUCAUCCGAGGGGUUGCCAACUUCCUCGCAGCCUAACUGCGCUUCCAACAGGCAGAAACCCAACAGAGAGAGUUCCUCACCUGGCAGGGAACCUUGAGCUCUGAAUCCACAAGGAAUGGCCCUUUCCCCUAUUUGAUUGCCCCUGUUUAAAGAAUCGUGGAAUUUUAGAGUUCGAAGGGAAGGAACCACAACUGAAGAGUCCCUAUUCAAUUCCUCACGACACCCCAAGUCAUAUAUGAGUAACUGCAGAAAUUCCACAGCUCAGGGAAUAGCGCCUCUCUCUUGCAUGCCAGAGGACCCAAGUAGGGCUGGGAAUCUCCCCUGCCUGGAACCCUGGAAUGAUGCUGCCAGCCCGUGUAGACAGUAUCAAGCAAGAUGGGCCAGUAGCCUGACUCAGCAUAAGGCAGCUUCUUACAUCCCCUGCAAAAAACCCAAAUAAACUUGGGCAUCUUUAAUGCCCCUCCUUCAAAACCCUUUUACCUGGAACCAUGAGGACUAGAAUCUUACUUUAAUUUGGGGGGAAGAAGAGGCAUAUCUAAGGCUGACGCUUUGCAUGCAAGAAGGUCCCUGCUUCGACCCCCAGUAGGGCUGCCUGAAACCCUUGAAAGCAGCUGCCAGUCAGUGCCAAGAAUACUGAGCUAGGCAGAUCCUGACUCAGUAGAAGGCCGAUUCCGAUGUUCUGCCUUCCAGGUUUUCGUCACACAAUUGGGGGGGGUGGCUAGGCUGGAAAGGAGGCCCAAGGGAUCAUUUGCCUCUUUCUCCUCCCCUCCAAACCCCCCCACACACACACAACCUGAAAAUUUCAUCCAGACCCACCCAAGUUUCCCAUCCGCCCACCCGGUCCGCUCAUUCCUUUGCUCUGAGCAAACAGGCCGUUUCACACAGGCUUUCUUGGCAGGGCAGAGUCAGCGCGGGAGCAGCUCCCAAAAAUGACUCAUCACCCAUGACACACACACACACCCCACCCCACCGCUGCCCCAGGGCUCCUCUCUCUCUCUCUCUCUCAGAGGCUGUAAGGACACUUAAGGCCACUAGAGGGUGCGGAAUGAGGGCAGCUUAUAUUUCUUUGGAUUUGGUCUAAAUUUAUUCUCUGCGUACCCGUUCCACCUUUUUCCUCCCAGGAGCUCAAGGGGGGGACAUGCACAAUUUUUCUCCCUCCCCAUUUCAUCCUCACAACAACCUGGUGAGGUAGGUUAGGCUGAGAGACACAGAUGGGUUGACGGCCGAGCGAGAAUCUGAACCCGGCUCUGCCAAGAGUCCUAUUUGAUAGCAGGAAGGCUUCCUAGUUACUGGGAAUAUCAGGUAGGAAAAGGGCUCGGAUCCGGCUGGAUUAGAUGCCCCCCCCUUUAGACCGAUCCAGCCAGGGUCUUCCGGUGUCCUUCUGGAACCCCCAGGUCCAGAGGCAGUCUAUCUAGAGCAGGGGUCGGCAAGGUGUACCGGCCAUGGGCCGGAUCGCUCCCACGGAGAUCAUCCGUGGAGUGGACUGGCACAGCGCAACGCUGGAAACCACGUCUGCACAUGUCCACGGCACCGGAAAUUGCAUCUACGCAUGCCCAGACACCAGAAAUCACGCCUGCACAGAAGCAAUUUUCGGCGUCUGGAUAUGCGCAGGCGCAAUUUCCAGUAUCUGCGCGUGCACAGACGCAAUUUCCGGCACCACUCGCUGAGAACCCGCACGGGUUUAGCAGGCAGCUCAGUUCAGGGGCGGCUCAUGGGCCAGUAAAACGGUCUUCGUGGGCCGCAUCCAGCCUAUGGGCCGCACGUUGCCAACCCCUGAUCCAGAGUCCUAUGUUCUCGGGGGUAUGCGGCCACGGCAAGGACAGAAUGCUAGACAAGGCAGGCCAUUGGCCUAGUCUUCUGAUGUUCUUCAUUAAAACAAUUUCAGAUUUACAAAUGAUUCGAAUCCAGUGCAAACACAGAUUUUAAGGAGGUGAGCUGUUUCCAGAUGUUCCUUUUAUUAUGCAUUAAAGAUAACAAUAUCAGGGUGGUUAUCUGCAAACCUGUUUUCAAUACCAUUUGCAGCUGCAAAAUUGUACACACACAGAGAUUGAUACCCAAUACGAAGUAUUUUAUAAUACAAUGGAACCUCGGUUGUCAAACGGCUUGGCUCCUGAACAGAUCAGCUCCUGGAUGCCGCGAAGUAAACAUUCCAGUUUGCGAACAUUUUUUGGAAGCUGAAUGUGCGACGCAGUCUCCUAUUGGCUGCAGGAAGCUCCUGCAGCCAAUCGGAAGCCACGCCUUCAUUUUCUAACGAGUUUUGGGAGUUGAACAAACUCCCAGAAUGGAUUAAGUUCCAGAACCAAGGUGCCACUGUACAUCAGAAUAAAAGAAAUACUUUAAAAAUCUAAUCUAACAAGGAAAAAGAGCAAAAUAAAGGAAAAAGAGAAAAGAAAAAGAAAAGAAAAGGGGAAAAGAUUUUAAAAAAUACUUCUGGUUCUGUGUCUUACAGCUAAAUAUAGUAUUCACUGAUUAACAUCCAACUACAGUCAUACCUCGGGUUAAAGACGCUUCAGUUUGCGCGUUUUCAGGUUGCGUCCCGCAGAAACCCAGAAGUAACAGAACAGGUUACUUUAGGGUUUCGCUACUCAUGCAUGUGCAGAUGCACAAAAUGACGUCAUGCGCAGAAGCUGUAAAUCGCGACCUGCAGACGUAGGUUGCGUUCUGCUCUGGUUGCGAACGGGGCUCAGGAACGGAUCCCGCUCGCAACCAGAGGUACCACUGUAUUCGUAAAAAAAAUUAAGCUCCUGCUUCGUUUCUGAUCAGCACAUGGCCCAUAGCUUCCUACUGAAAUCCUUUAAUUUUUUCAACCAUAAAAGUGUAAUAUGAAAACUUCAGUAAGUCGAAAGUGAUGUUGUGUAAUUUUUCUAUUGCCAUUUACCGUAUAUAUUGUUAAAAUCGGUGAAUUGUAAUGAAUUGAUGUAACAAUUGCUGUGGUGUUUUCCUUUGUUAUUGUUGAAUUCUAAAUAAAGAAUUAUUCUUCUCUUAAAAAAACAAAACAAAUCGCUCUCUCGUUCCUCCAGUCGUCCAAGUACCCCGUCGGUCCCACGGAAACAGAGCGCUGCAUCGAAUCGCUCCUCGCCGUUUUCCAGCGCUACGCUGGCCGCGAUGGCAACGCCUGUACCCUGUCCAAAGGGAGUUCCUGACCUUCAUGAACACCGAGCUGGCGAGUUUCAGCAAGGUAUGGUUUCCAAAGGUUCUGGAGCAGAGAAGGCUGGUCUCCUUGGGCGAAUGGGGCCUUGCCCCACCAACCUCUGCCUGCCUUCUGACUGAUGAACAGCCCAGAGGAUGGGGCUGGCUAUCAGUUUCCUCCUCCUCAGACUCAGCAUUGACCCCUUCUAGGACUGAACAGGGAGGAGGGUGGGAACAAAACUAGAAUUGGUCUGCCGUCGGCACUCUGGCGCCACCUACUGCUGGGCUCCCUUCCUUCCAGCCUACCAGCAUCCAUGGUCUGGGAAGGUGUCAAAACUAUAAACCGAUGGACCUCCAGAUCUUUCUUCAGCUUUCCCACAGCGAGAAAGUAGAAGCAGACCAGCGUAGAGACAAGGAGCCAGAGAGGGAGGGAAGGUCGAGAAGCAAUCAAAGAAAUCAGGGGACAUACACCAAAGAUAACCGAGGAUGAAUGAAUGAAUUUUAUCAUUUCAGUCACUAGACCAGUUCCAGCCCACAUACAAUAUCAAGGAAGUCAUAAAACACGAUAGUGAUACAUUUGAAUUUGCAAUUAGGUAUAACAGGGACAAUACAGAUAUAGCAACAGUUUAAAAAUAUAUAAAUUUAAACUUAGACGGAGGAUGCAGGAACACUCUGGAACUCAGAUUAUAUUGCUCAAGAAAGGGGCAGAACAAAGAGGUCAUUUCUACUCCCAGACUAUGACAUUCCCAGAGUGGCUAAAUCAGGAAUGUCCAAAGUCCGUUUUGGGGGCCUAAUCCGGCCCACUGGUCAAUUUAAUCCGGCCCUUGCGGCAAUUUAUUUCCUGGGGUAAAACCCUAAAAAAACACUCAACAACUUCAAUCCUAAAAAAAAGGUCAACAAAACCUUGGUUGGCCUUUUGGCCGGCCCUCACGGCCCUUCACCAUCAAAAGAUUGGACACCACUGGGUUAAACAAUCAGUCCCUCUUCACGGACAAACUCUGGGAAUUGUAGCUCCGGGAGGGGAAUUGAAGUCUCCUAACAACUCUCAGGGAUGUGGGUGGCGCUGUGGGUUAAACCACAGAGCCUAGGGCUUGCCGAUCAGAAGGUCAGCAGUUCGAAUCCCCACGACAGGGUGAGCUCCCGUUGCUCAGUCCCUGCUCCUGCCAACCUAGCAGUUCGAAAGCACGUCCAAGUGCAAGUAGAUAAAUAGGUACUGCUCCAGCAGGAAGGUAAACGGCGUUUCCGUGCGCUACUCUGGUUCACCAGAAGCGGCUUAGUCAUGCUGGCCACAUGACCUGGAAGCUGUACGCCAGCUCCCUCGGCAAAUAAAGUGAGAUGAGAGCCGCAACCCCAGAGUCGGUCACGACUGGACCUAACGGUCAGGGGUCCCUUUACCUUACCUUAACAACUCUCAGCACCCAUAACAAACUACAGCUCCCAGGAUUCUUUGGGGAAGCCAUGACUGUUUAUCGUGGCAUCGGUGGUGCUUUCAAUGUAUGGUGUGUGUGUGUGUGGGUGUGUGUGUGUGUGUGUGUGUGUGUGUGUGUUGCAUAGCCUUAUGCAGAGUGAAUCCUCACCCAAAACUCCUCCCUGCCUUUCAGAAUCAGAAAGACCCAGGUGUCCUCGAUCGCAUGAUGAAGAAGCUGGACAUGAACAACGAUGGACAGCUGGACUUUGGCGAGUUCUUGAACCUCAUUGGGGGCUUGGCCCAGGCCUGCCACAGCCAGGUGCUGGCAUCCCCCACAGCUGGUAUCCCCCCAAAACCAUGAAACACCCCAAUUUCUUGGCCUUUCCGAGCCAAGACCAACGUCUUCCCAAACAUUCCAAAAUCUAGCACUUCUGUGAGUCACCAAAACACAUCCGACACGGAAAAGCGAGCGACCCUCUCUUCAUAUAUAUAUUUUUUUCUCAAUAAAACGGAUGGGUUAAACACAAAGGUCUCGUCGUUUUCUGUACAAAGCACCCGGUAGGAAACAUUUGACUGCACUCUUGCCAGAGGACUUAGCCAUGUGAGGCCCCUGCCCCAGAAUUCUGAACUUUCCCCUUUUUUUAACAAUUAAAAAAUAAGACUCUAUAGUCCUUUACCUAUUUAUCUACUUGCACUUUGACAUGCUUUCGAACUGCUAUUAGGUCUGUAAAAUGCCAUAUAGCAUAUAUUCAACACAAAAAACAGCGACAAUUUGUUGUUGACAAAGGACAGCUGGACAUAGAAAGGGCCCCAUUACCUUCAGGAGCUCAGGGCCUCAUCAAACCUAAAUCUGGGCCUGUUUCCACUCUACCAGUUACAGGGCAGUCUUAAGCAUAUCCAGCGCCGUGGUGCAAAGAUCCCUCUGACACCCCCUCCCCAGCAACUCCAAAACAAGAGAGGGGGCAGUGGAAAAUGUCCUCUGCCUCCCCCACCGUCCCGAUGCCCGGUGUGCUGGUCCCGAGGGUUAACUGUGCGGCAAGGUCCAAGUCCAGUCCGAGGUCAAGGGUGCGGUAUGGAGGCUGUCCAUCAAAGCUGAAGCUGGGUCCAAGGCAGGGAGUCGGGUGAGGUCAGGAGACUCUGGCAGGAUAGCAGGACAGGGUGCAGGCAGGAACAGGCUACCAACAAUGUUGCUCCCGCAACCUGGGUCUGGGGCUGGCCGGCUUUUAUCUGCCCCGAGGCAUAGGGCAGCCCAGGUCCACAGAUGACUCGCCUCUCCUGGCCUGGAGGUGAGCACUCCUCCUGCGGGAACUUAGUUCCCUCCGCCUCUCUGCCCUGAGCCUCUGCAGCUCAGGAGAGGCUGGAGGGUUACCGGACCCAGAGGCAACCUCAGCUCCCCUGACGGGGCUGAGAGUGGAGCACCUGCAGGCAAUGGGUCCUCCAUCACCCCAGGAGCCAGAGCAGACUCAGCUGAUGCCUGCACCUGAGGAUCCAGCACAGGUGAGGACCCUUCAGGCUCAGGCCCCUGCCCCAGCUCAGCUGGUUCUGGAGGCGGGGACUCCUGUGCAGGCUGGGAUUCCUCAGGUUCAGCAUCCGAGUCCAAAUCCCAAGCCAUCACACCCGGCGUGGUGGCAGCGAUCAAGCAGGAAAACGUGCUGGCGGAUAUGCUCUCCAGUGUCAGGGCAGCCGAGAAGGCAGCCCAGGAAGGUUGCACAUCGCCUUUCGCCAGGAAGCAGGAGGACGACGACCGGGAUCAGGGCCAUCUUUAGCAGAUGCAGAGGCUUGGGAGGGAAGCUGCGCAUCCGCCAGCCAUACAGUUGGCAGGGCACAUCUGGUGGGCAUGCAGGGAAAGGGGAGGCUGCUGGCAAAGCCGCACAGCUCCCCCACUCGCUAGGGCACCCCUGAGAGGCUGGCGCCCUGGCGCAAUGCACCAGUAACACCAAUGGGAAAGACGGCUCUGACCAGUUGCAAUGGGCACCAGCCAACACUGCAGAGUUCUGUGCACUGGGAGGCCUGCCCUGAGCUCCCUAAAAGCUGGCAUGCUGACCUCCUGUGAGGUGGUAGAAACUGCCCCACUGGCAGCGUCCGAUAACCGCCAAGCCAGUUGGUUUCUGGGUGCUGAAUGGAGAGCGGGAGGCCACAAACCACCUUCUCCUUUGCAGAGGCAGCAAAACAUUCCUGGCAGGGGAGAUCCUUGAGCACAAAGGUGAUAAAAGUCCCAAAUGCUGUAAUCAGUCCUCCUAGGGGAGUUCCUCUGCCAGGCAUGUCCAAGGGCCUAAUCCAGCCUGCCGGUCACUUUAAUCUGGCCCCUGUGGCAGUUUAUUUCCUGGGGUAAAAUCAUAAAAACAAAAACCUUAACAGCUUCAAUCCUAAAAGAAGCUCAACAACUUCAAUCCUAAAAAAAGCUGAAUUGUGAGGUAAAAUCAUUCAAAAAGGUCACCAACUUCGGUCGGCCCCCACAGCCCUUCACUUCAUCAAAUCUGGCCCUCUUUGGAAAAAAGUUUGGACACCACUUGAUCAUUUUGCUCACCCCUUUUCCAACUCUACAAUAUCCUUUCUGAGCUGACAAGAACCACACACAGUAUUCCAAACGCAACAGCAUCACAGAUUUGCAUAACAGCGUUAUGAUACUGGCCGUUUUAUUUCCAAUUCCUUUCCUAACGGUGGCCAGCGUGGGAUUCGCCAUUUUCAUGGCUGGGUUGGUGUUUUCCUUGACCUGUUCAUGGCGACGCCAAGGUCUCGUUCCUGGUGAGCUGCUGCCACCAAUUUCAGAACUCCUGAGUGCAUUUGUGAAAUUAAUAUUUCCUUGCCCACUUCGCACUUCUUUGCACUAAAUUGCAUUUGCCAUUUUACUCAGCUUAGAGAGGUCCUUCUGGAGCUCUUUGUAUUUAAAAGACCUUGAGCAAUUUAAUCUCAUUAGCAAACACAGCCACCUCACUGCUCACCCUUAUCUCUGGAUCGCGGCCAAGGUCCUGGCGGGUGGAAGUGAUUUCAUCCUCAAAAUGCUUUGCAAACAUGUACACAGCGGCACGCAAGUCCCAAUACUGAUCCAUGGGGACCUCCAUCUUUGGACGCAGGUGGCGCUGUGGGUUAAACCACAGAGCCUAGGACUUGCCGAUCAGAAGGUCAGUGGUUCGAAUCCCUGCAAGAGGGUGAGCUCCUGUUCAGUCCCCGCUCCUGCCAACCUAGCAGUUUGAAAGCAUGUCAAGAGCAAGUAGAUAAAUAGGUACUGUUCCAGCAGGAAGGGAAACGGCGUUUCCGUGCGCUGCUCUAGUUCGCCAGAAGCAGCUUAGUCCUGCUGGCCACGUGACCCGGAAGCUGUACACCGGCUCCCUCAGCCAGUAAAGCGAGAUGAGCGCCGCAACCCCAGAGUCGACCACGACUGGACCUAAUGGUCAGGGGUCCCUUUACCUUUACCUAUGGAUUUAAUUAAGGGACACAGGUGGUGCUAUGGUCUAAACCACUGAGCCUCUUGGGCUUGCUGAUCGGAAGGUCAGCGGUUCGAAUCCCCGUGACGGGGUGAGCUCCCGUUGCUCGGUCCCUGCUCCUGCCAACCUAGCAGUUCGAAAGCACCUCAAAGAGCAAGUAGAUAAAUAGGUACCGCUCCAGCAGGAAGGUAAACGGCGUUUCCGUGCGCUGCUCUGGUUCGCCAGAAGCGGCUUAGUCAUGCUGGCCACAUGACCCGGAAGCUGUACACCGGCUCCCUCGGCCAAUAAAGUGAGAUGAGCGCCGCAACCCCAGAGUCGGCCACGACUGGACCUAAUGGUCAGGGGUCCCUUUACAUACAGAGAACUGUGCACUUAUUUUACUCCUCUCUGCUUCCUGCCACCUAACCAAUUCCUGAUCCGCAAGAGGCCCUCUCCUCUUGUUCCCAGUUUAAUCAGGAAUCUUUGGUGAGGUGCUUUGUCAAAUGCUUUUUCAAAGACCAAGUGCGCUUACCCUUUCGUACUACAGUGGUACCUCGGUUUUCGAACGUCUCAGAAGUCGGACCUUUCAGUUUUCGAAUGCCGAAACCCCAGAAGUAACUUGUUCCAUUUUCGAAUGCUUUUCAGAAGUCAAAUGUACCACGUGGCUGCUGUAUUGAGUUUUCCAGAAGUAAAUGCUUCAGUUUUCGAACAUUUCAGAAAUUGAAUGGUCUUCCGGAACGGAUUACAUUUGAAAACUGAGGUACCACUGUACCAGUUAGGAAAAAAGUUCCAGAACAUCUUCUAUGUGGUCAUUAUAGAGCAGCCUUUCUCAACCUGUGGGUCCCCAGAUGUUGUUGAACUACAACUCCCAUCACCCCUAGCUAGCAAGGCCAGAGCACAGGGAUGAUGGGAGUUGUAGUCCAACGACAUCUGGGAACCCACGGGUUGAGAACCGCUGGUUUAGAGGGAACAUUCUGCGGUCCCUUGUGGCAAAAAAUCGGCGCAGGCAAAAUUUGAAGCAAGAUUUCAGGCGCUGCAAAGAAGGCUUGUUCCAGCCGUAUCUGCCACCCUGAAAGCGUUUGGUGCGCAGGUUAGCCACUGGGGGGCGCUGCCAUGCCUACGAAUCAGCCAGCCAUAAGCUCUCUGUGGUGGCAGGCCAAAUUCUUAAGUGCCAUUUGCAUUCCUGCCUAAUCUGAUCUAACACACACAGUCCGGCUGACUCUCCUAUACCCAGCCUCCGGGGAUUUAGGGAGAUUGGGGUCCAGAGCGAUGGGACUGACCCAUUCAUAGGCAAUGCUGGGCUCCUUUGCAAAAGGACAACUCCCAAGGGGUGCUGACAGAAUCCAUGGCACUCUGUAGAGUUUUAGAGUCGCAGGGCGUGAACUGCAUUUCAGGUGAAAUAAAAAAUUCAGGGACGCGGGUGGCACAAGGGACGCGGGUGGCGCUGUGGGUUAAACCACUGAGCCUAGGACUUGCUGAUCAGAAGGUCAGCGGUUCGAAUCCCCGCGACGGGGUGAGCUCCCGUUGCUCGGUCCCUGCUCCUGCCAACCUAGCAAUUUGAAAGCACGAAGUGCAAGUAGAUAAAUAGGUACCACUCCGGCGGGAAGGUAAAUGGCGCUUCUGUGCGCUGCUCUGGUUCACCAGAAGCGGCUUAGUCCUGCUGGCCACAUGACCCAGAAGCUGUACGCCGGUUCCUUCGGCCAAUAAAACGAGAUGAGCACCACAACCCCAGAGUCGGCCAUGACUGGACCUAAUGGUCAGGGGUCCCUUUACCUUUUAAAAAUUAAGGCCUUAUAUAUACAUAUAUAUAUAUAUAUAUAUAUAUAUAUAUAAUAAAUGUUCAUAAAUGUACCAAGCAAUCACUUACAUAAAUAUAUAAACUGCAUGUCUGAAGCAGCACAGGAAAACAGCCCGGAAACCAUUUUCACUCCCAAACUGACCAAAUGAUUUCUCUACAAGGUCAAGGAAAAUGGAAAAGCCUCCCCAUUGUCUUUUUGUUCAGAAAUCCUGUCUUAAGGGUAUGUCUGUUUAUGAAUAGGGUGAGCCUGUGACCUGGCUCACAAACUCAUUAUUUAUCAUUACAAAAUACUGGCCAGGCUCCCAGGGUAUCCAAUCAAGUGAAGCAUUAACAGGUAACCUGCCAGACAGGAGGUAAACAACGCACUCAGAUUUCUGCUGUAGACCGCCCUUUCUGUGAUUUAGGUAUGAUGUUUCUGGGGGUGGUCUUGGACUCCAGGGCAGGGAAUUUAAAAUGUCUAUACAGUGGUGCCCCGCAAGACGAAUGCCUCGCAAGACGGAAAACCCGCUAGACGAAAGGGUUUUCCGUUUUUGAGUUGCUUCGCAGGACGAAUUUCCCUAUGGGCUUGCUUCGCAAGACGAAAAUGUCUUGCGAGUCUAGAGAUAUUUUUUUCGCUUUUCCCCCCCUUUAUCUAAUCUGCUAAGCCUUUAAUAGCCUUUAAUAGCCUUUUAGCAGCUAAUCCGCUAAGCCUUUAAGCCUUUAAUAGCCGCUAAACCGCUAAUAGCGCUAAUCCGUUAAGCCGCUAAUAGGGUUGCUUCGCAAGACGGAAAAACCGCUAGACGAAGACUCUCGCGGAACGGAUUAAUUUCGUCUUGCGAGGCACCACUGUAUAAGGGCGGACACACCUUUGUUCUGGGUCCUCCUCCUUUCCUGCGUGUGAGGGGAGCACCCUGUUGCAACAGUUCAAUAAAGAUCAGGCUUACUGAGCUGCUUUGCUUCUCAAUAUUCUCUGCUUGGCCUCUGUUCUUUUCUCCGACCAAUGGAGAACCUGCAAAGGACUCUAGAAGGGCUCGUGUGUCCCCCCUAGGGGAAUAAGGGCAGCUUUUCUUUUCUUACACAGGGAAGUCUCUUUGUUGCCCACCAGAUGUUGUUGGACUACAGAUCCCAUUAGCCUUCGUAAACCAUCAUAGUCUAUAGCCAGUGGGGAGGAUGGGAAUUGGAGUCCAACAACCUAUGAAGGGCCACAGGUCCUCCUAGGGCCGAGCAGGGGGACGUGUGGCCCUCUGAACGUUGUUGGAUUACAACUCCCAUGUUUCUUUAGGGAUGGCGGGGGGAGGAGGAGGUUCAAUUCAGGUCACAUUUAAAUUAAUUUUAUUUUACAAUAAUAUUUAUUAAUUUUCAAUAGACAUAACAAAAAGAGAAUAUACAACAACACAACAACAUAACAACAACAACAACACAAUAUAGAAGUAAAAAUAAGAAAAAGAAUAACAGACUUAACAUAUCUAAACAGAAAAAAAGAAACUCAAUUAAUUAAUUAAAAUCCAUUUUCAUAAACAUUUUAGUUGACUUCCUCUAAUCUCCUCCAUCUGAAUUUCCUCUUAAUUUGGAUGUAGCAGUUUCCAAUAUCAUUAUUUCAUAAAACAAUAUUACAGUCGUAUUCCAAUUUCUUUACCUUUCUUAUAAUGCAUUUUCUUAUUUAUACAUUUAGGUCUAAUUUUGUCCAAGGCCUGAUUGGUUCUUUCAAGUGGUUACAUAUCUUUAAUGUUAGAGUAUUUAUUCAAAUAGUCUUUAAAUUUCUUCCAAUCUUCUUGGUAGUCCUCUUCUUUCUGGUCGCGGAUUCUCCUGGUGAGAUCAGCCAGCUCCAUAAAUUCCAUCAUCUUCAUCUGCCAUUCUUCUGCCGUUGGUAAUUCUUGUGUUUUCCAUUUACUGGCUAGUAAAAUCACAUUUAAUUUUGGACCUACAAAAUUCUCACUUUCCAACACAACAUGUGAACCAAAAAGCUGCCUUCUUUCAAAACUCUGCACCUCUCUGAAUUUUGCAAUGCAGGGUGAGCGAAGGAUAUGCAAAAUGUUAUCUCCUACAGCAGUGAUGGCCAAACUUUGCCCUCCAGCUGUUUCGGGACAAUUCCCAUCAUCCCUGACCACUGGUCCUGUUAUAUAGGGAUGAUGGUAGUUGUAGUCCAAAAACAGCUGGAGUUUGGCCAAGUUUGGCCAUCACUGCCCAGGGUAACCUGUGCAAAAAAAUUUUAAAAGUUGCAUAUGUUUGUGAAAAUUGCACACAAGGAAGUCAAUAUAGUAGUGGGGAUUGCUUUGCAAAAGUGUGUAACUUGGGCAAAACCGCAGAGGAAAAUUGCACCCUUGGCAAAAUCCAUACUAAAAUGCUUCCAACGACAUAAAACAAGCUUGCCGGAUCGGGCCCAUGGCCUGGAGUGGCUUAAUGGUCAAUCACUCUUCCCAGGGAACUCUGGGAAUUGUAGUUCUGCGAGGGGAAUGGGGGGGUCUCCUAACACAGUGAUGACCAAACUUGGCCCUCUGGCUGUUUUGGGACUACAACUCCCAUCACCCCUAGCUGACAGGACCAGUGGUCAGGGAUGAUGGGAAUUGUAGUCCCGAAACAGUCGGAGGGCCAAGUUUGGCCAUCACUGUCCUAACAGCUCUCAGCACCCUUAAACUACAGAUCCCAGAAUUCUUGGGGAGAAGCCAUAACUGCUUGAAGUGGUAUCAAGAAAGAUGUCAGGUUGUUUUUGUAUGCCACAACUGCAGCUAGAAUUUUGCUGGCCAAAACCUGGAAAUUACAAGAAGUACCAACAGUGGAGGAACGGCAGAUGAAGAUGAUGGACUUUAGGGAGCUAGCUGACCUGACUGGAAGGAUCUGCGAUCAGAAAGAGGAGGAAGAGUCCGGGACCAGAGGGAGGAGGAGUAUCAAGAGGAAUGGAAGAAAUUUAAAGAUUAUUUAGUUAAAUAUGUUAAGAUAACUUAAAUAGAAUUACUUGUGAGUAACAGAUUGGCCUAGGAUUAAAAUAUGUGAAAUUGUAUAAUACUAUGGUUAGAAGUCAAAAUGAAAAGAAAGAGUUAAUUGAACAAGUAAAUCGUAUAUGAAAAUAGUGUUGGAAAAGUGCUACAAUGAGCUAUAUGGAAACUCAGCUAGGGGGAUUUGAGGAAGUCACCCAACAAUGAUAACAAAAGUGGGACAAUAACAGUUAGGAUAAUUGUUUGUUUGUUCUUUGAUAUUGUAAUGUUUUUCUUGUUUGUCGUUAUGUUUGUUAUAAUUUUGGAAAAUCAAUAAAAAAAAUUGAAAAAUAAUAAUAAAGUGGUAUCACAGUGCUCUAAACAUUUGGCGUGAAGGUGGCCAAUGUUUCACAAACUUCUGCUGAAGCCCACACUGACUCCGGUGGGAUUCAUUGCCAAGCAGGUGGUCCAUGCCCCGUGCAGGAUGAGUGCCUUGUUAUUGCUGCUGAAUAAUAGCUGCUCUGGAGGCAGUGAGAGAUUUUACUUUCUUGGGCUCCAUGAUCACUGCAGAUGAUGACAGCAGCCACGAAAUUAAAAGACGCCUGCUUCUUGGGAGAAAAGCAAUGACAAACCUAGACAGCAUCUUAAAAAGUAGAGACAUCACCUUGCCAACAAAGGCCCGUAUAGUUCAAGCUCUGGUUUUCCCAGUAGUAAGGUAUGGAAGUGAGCGCUGGACCAUAAAGACGGCUGAUCGCCGAAGACUUGAUGCUGUUGACUUCUGGUGCUGGAGGAGACUCUUGAGAGUCCCAUGGACUGCAAGAAGAUCAAACCGCUCCAUUCUGAAGGAAAUCAGCCCUGAGUGCUCACUGGAAGGACAGAUCCUGAAGCUGAGGCUCCAAGACUUUGGCCACCUCAUGAGAAGAGAAGACUCCCUGGAAAAGACCCUGAUGUUGGGAAAGAUGGAGGGCACAAGGAGAAGGGGACGACAGAGGGCGAGAUGGUGGGACAGUGUUCUCGAAGCUACCAGCAUGAGUUUGACCCAACUGUGGGAGGCAGUGGAAGACAGGAGUGCCUGGCAUGCUCUGGUCCAGGGGGUCACGAGGAGUCGGACACGACUAAACGACUAAACAACAACAACAAUCUGGCCAGCAGCUGGAAGAAUCAGCCUCCUUUAUUCCAAGGGCCUGGCAAAUCUUCCCUCCAGCAGAUACCCACCUCUGCCAAGCCAGGAUGCAGGAACCACCAAGUGAGAUCCACAUGUUUGCAACCCAGCCAGAAUAUCACCUCCCGCUGGAAGUAGAGGCUGCAAAAGCCAGACACGGAAAAAUAUCUAGGCCCGCCAGUUUGGGUGCCUUUGUUUAGUUUUAGUAGGUAUUUGUUUAAAGUCCAGGUUUAGUGUAUUUAUUUAAAGCACACUUAAAGCAGCCGUAAACGGAAGCGGUUCUUAAUCAAACAGAAAAAAAGAGGCAGCAAAUUCUCUGAGCAAACAAGAUAGGGCUUGAUCUGGCUGAAGGAAAGUCAUGAAAGCCAAGCAAGAGUGUAGCUAGCCCAAGGUUUUAAUGUUUUAAUGUCGUAUUUUAAUCUUGUUUUUAAGUUGUAUUUCAGUCAAUUGUUUUUAUAGCUGGUGUCAGCCGCCCUGAGCCUGGUCUAGGCUGGGGAAGGCAGGGUAUAAAUAAAAAUUAUUAUUUAUUAUUAAGGUCUCCCAGGGGUUCUCAUGGCCUAGUGGAAAUUUGAACCCUGCUCCCACAGGUCAUGAUCCAGUACUCUAAUCACCCCACCCCACUGGUCCUCAAAGCGCUAGGAUACCUCUUUAAAUAGUCAUGACUUCCCCCAAAGGAUCCUGGGAGUUGCAGUUUGUUAAGGGUGCUGAGAGUUGCUAGCCAGUGGUUCUCAACCUCUGGGUCCCCAGAUGUUGUUGGACUACCACUCCCAUCAUCCCUGAGCUCUGGCCUUGCUAGCUAGGGGUGAUGGGAGUUGUAGUUCAACAACAUCUGGGAACCCACAGGUUGAGAAAGGCUGAGCUAGGCAAGUCUAGGUUUGUCAUUGCUUUUCUCCCAAGAAGCAGGCGUCUUUUAAUUUUGUGACUGCUGUCACCAUCUGCAGUGAUCAUGGAGCCCAAGAAAGUAAAAUCUCUCACUGCCUCCAUUUCUUCCCCUUCUAUUUGCCAGGAGGUGAUGGGCCCAGUGGCCAUGAUCUUCGUUUUUGAUGUUGAGCUUCAGACCAUAUUUUGCGCUCUCCUCUUUCACCCUCAUUAAAAGGUUCUUUAAUUCCUCCUCACUUUCUGCCAUCAAGGUUGUGUCAUCUGCAUGUCCGAGGGAGCUUUUUACAAAUUAUCUAAAAAGACAACAAAAUGAACUGGACUCCUUGGCAGGGUUUGAAUUAACAUACACAAAUUUAUUGGUUGAUAACAUGACAGAUAGUUAACGUAAGGAUAUGUACAAUUUUAUAACAUGCAGAGAAUAACAUGUGCUGAAAAAUCAGAGAGAGGAGCUGAGGAAGUCUUGGGGGAGGGUUUGAAGAGGGGGAAAGGGGGAAAAUAAUGAAUAUGUUAGGUUUGUAUGUUGAUAGUUUGUAUGUUGAAAUUAUUAAUAUAUAUUUUUUUUAAAAAGUAUGGGGCGAAUGUGGCCCUAUAAACUUGACCGCGCUGCUUAGAUCAACUCGAUCUACUCAGAUCUUACUUAGGAUGCAGGUAAAUCUGACAACCCUUCCCCCCCCCAAAUAAAAACACCACAUGAUCUCAACUGGUCUUGUUUAUAAGGAAGGAAACUUUUCUGAGGCAACGACCCUCUGUUGUUACACACCGUGUGUCGCCAACAUCCUCCCGUCAGGGAACAGGCAAAAACCCACAAAAUUGUGCAACCAGUUUGAAGGUUGGCAACUGAAAGUUCCUUGUUUUCUCAGAAAUGCUGGGGUGGGGGCAGGAAGGUGGAGAAGUUUUUGAAAGCGUACAUGCAAUUCAAAUAAAGGAACUGCUCCUCAACAGGGAGGAGAUCAGGGGACAUGUUCUCCGGGCAGCAUCUCCAACGAGGACUCAGUUAGGCAGCUGUAAAUAUAACAUUUUAAGUGUGUUUUAGGCGCAUUGUACAAAGGUGGCACCAGGUGGUGCUGGUGAGCUAAUGGCAAAUUCCAUCUAUAUUUUAAAACCUUUAUAAAAAAUCACAGCUUUUUUUAAAAAAAUGUGUAGAUUCUGCCUUAGAGAAAUUAGGCACAGUCUGACCCCCUCCUUUGGUAAUCCUCACAGAACUCUAGCCCAAUGGCUAUUAAUGGCUAUUAAUGGCCAAUGCCAUUAAUUUGAUUUUGAAUUGAUUUUAAAACGAAUUGAUUUUAGAAUGCUGUGUUACUUUUAUUGUUGUUAGCCUCUCUGAGCCAAACUUCGGCUGGGGAGGGCGGGAUAUAAAUAAAUUAUUAUUAUUAUUAUUAUUAUUAUUAUUAUUAUUAAUAUAUAUAAUUUUAAGUUUUUAUUGUUAAAAUAAUUCAGCAUUCACACAUAUUGCAAAUAUACAAGCAUACAAACAUACAUUUUCCAUAAUCCUUUAAAAUGUUCAAACAUACCUACACUCAAUCCCACAGAUAAUUCCUUUUCCCAUCACCAUCCACCACCCCUCACCCUUUGUGUUAGACUUCCAAUCUACUCAAUUGCAAUUUCUUUCCACUUCUAUUACUUUCUCUCACACACCUUAACCUAAUUUCAUGCUUCUUUUUCUAUUACACAUUGUUAUCCAUCUUAUUUAGUAUUUCAGUAUUUAAAACAGAACUUGCUUAUUCUAAUAGGAGUUCUGAUUUUUCGAUAUGGUUUUGCAAGUAUCAUUUAAAUGCCUUCCAGUCCCUGUCUAUCUUCUCUUUGGAGAUCCUUCCAAUUUCUCCCAUUGUUUUGGAUAUAUUGUAGUACUCCAGUAAUUUGGCAAGCCACUCUAUUUUUGUUGGUACAAUACCACUUUUCCAAUUUUUCACAAUCAAUAGCCUUGCGGCUACCAUUGCAUACAAAUAUAACGUCUUGUCUUCUUCCUUUAGACUUCCUGGUACUAUUCCCAAUAGAAAACCUUCUGGUGUUUUCCUAAAUGAAUAUCUGAACAUUUUUUUUCAUUUCAUUAUAUAUUGUUUCCCAAAAUUGUUUGAUGUUUACACAAUUCCACCAUAUAUGUAUCAUAGUACCUUUUCCAGUGUUGCAUUUAUUAUUAUUAUUAGCCACAAUGGGUAUGCUUUGCCCUCCAUAGCCAGAGGCAACGAUGCUUCUGAAUACUAGUUGCUAAAAAACACAGCUCCCAUCCUGCUUGCUGGUUUCCCCACAGGAACCUAGGUAUCAUCUGCAGUUGCCGGCAGGAGCUGUCCAGCGUUUUAUAGAAUCAUAGAAUUGUAGGAGCGACCCUGAGGGUCAUCUAGACCAACCCCCCUGAAAAUUUCAGGCAGGGGGCAUCGCCAGCGCUCCCAGCACAUGCUGGGGAUCAAACCGGAGACAUUGUGCAAGCAAAGUGGGCGCAUGAGCCACAGCCCUUCCCUGACAAUAAAGUACACUUCUAACUCCUCAUGGUUCUGAAGGGCUGGUUUUAAAAGGAUCAGAGGAAGCCGCCUCGCAGCAACUCAGGCCAUUGUCCAAGCAGCUCAGUAGUGUAUGCACUGACUGGCAGCGGCCCAGUAGACCUGAAGGAGCGUCUCCACCUCCAUCAUUCUGCCCGGACACUGAGGUCCAGCUCUGAGGGCCUUCUGGUGGUUCCCUCACUGCAAGAAGUGAAGUUACAGGGAACCAGGCAGAGGGCCUUCUCGGUGGUGGCUCCCGCCUUGUGGAACGCCCUUCCUCACCAGAUGUCAAGGAAAUAAACAACUAUCUGACUUUUAGAAGACAUCUGAAGGCAGCCCUGUUUAGGGAAGUUUUUGAUGACUGAUGUUUUAAUGUAUUUCUAAUCUUUUGUUGGAAGCUGCCCAGAGUGGCUAGGGAAACCCAGCCAGAUGGGCGGGGUAUAAGUAAUAAAUUAUUAUUAUUUCUGAGCUUUCGGCCAAAGGGGUGUCUCUCCCUCAGUGCUACCUGAAGAGGCUAAGGACCUGGGACUUGCUACGUCUACCGCAGUCGGUCCAGAGUCUUGGCAAAACACACAGCUGCUUGCUCCAAAGCUAGCUGUCCAGCAAAGUCCACCCUUCACCUUUGCUUGUCUCCUUUCCCAUUGCGUGGCUCCUCCGGCCCUCUUCCAGGUGGACUCCAAUGGGCUGUCGUCAGUAAAGGCCCAUUAGCCACUAUCACCCCAGCCAUCGCUUCCUAUUUCCUGCUCACUUGGCAGCCUCCCAGAGAAUGCUGAAGUUUCUCAGCCUGUUGGAAACUCAGAGAACAACUUAAUCACAUCUUCUCUUUCUCUCUCUUUAAAUCUCUCUCGCUGCAUCGCCUAAUCUCAGCCUGGCAAGGUGUCCUACUGUGAAGGGUCAUCGCCAGUUGGUCUCUUUGGGUGAAUGGGGCCUUGCUCCACCAACCUCUGCCUGCCUUCUGACUUAUGAACAGUCCAGAGGAUGGGGCUGGCUAUCAGUUUCCUCCUUCUCGGUCUCAGCGUUGACCCCUUCUAGGACUGAACAGGGAGGAGGGUGGGAACAAAACUAGAAUUUGUCUACCGUCGGCACUCUGGCGCCACCUACUGCUGGGCUCCCUUCCUUCCAGCCUACCAGCAUCCAUGGUCUUGGAAGGUGUCAAAACUAUAAACCGAUGGACCUCCAGAUCUUUCUUCGACUUUCCCACAGCGAGAAAGUGGAAACAGACCAGAGACAAGGAGCCAGCGAGGGGGGGAAGUUCGAGAAGCAAUUGAAGAAAUCAAGGGACAGACACCAAAGAUAACCGAGGAUAAAACCCUAAAAAAAACCUCAACAAUUCCAACCCUAAAAAAAGCUCAACAAACUCAAUCCUAAAAAAAGGGAAAAGGUCAACAACUUUGUCCGGCCCCUUCACGGCCCUCCACUUCAUCAAAUCCAGCCCUCUCUGAAAAAAGUCUGUAUAUCACUGCAUAAGGGAAUAAGGGCAGAUUUUGUUUAUAACAUGUGGAAGGAGCUUCAGUGGGAAGAGUCCUGGCAGAAGGUCCCAGGUUCAGUCCAGGCAUGGCUUGGAAGGCUGCCACCUGAAAUCUUGGAAAGCACAGACAAUCUUGGACGAGACAGACCAAUAGCCUGACUUGCUACAAGGCACCGCCCCAUCUUCCUAUUUAAAUCAGCCAGAACCAUGAGGGUUCACCCUGGGGGAAUUGCUGCCAGUCCGUGAAAGAAUACUGGGCUCGAUGGACACCCCCACACACACCUGGCCUGACUCAGGGUAAAGCCACUUCCUGUGUCAUCUGAUCUAGGGAAGAUCCAGCCAAACAAGCUGGGGCGGUUCCGCCAGUGUUCGGUAGGUGGGCUACUCAAGACGGCUCUCCCAUUUUAUUCUGCUUUUUCAGACAGGAAUGGGAUUAACAGGUGAGGCGUGGAAAGCUCCGCAGCCUAACCACAGCAGCAAAGCCACAAAGGAAACAUCGUACCUCUGUGCGGUGGCAGCUGCGCUACGCCCUUCAGGAGAACAAUGGGGCUCACAUUUGGGAGGGGAAAAAACACCACCGAUCACAUUCUUCCCAAAGCAAUUUUGAGCCAUAAAUCAACACUCAAGAAUGUAAGGCGGCAGAUAUCAAGUUUGAAAGGCACUCCUCAACAUUUCGGGGAGGAAAGGGAUACUGAGAGCUACCAGCAAGAUGGCUCAGCUCUGCUUCCACAGUCAGAGGCAGAAAUGCUUCUAUUUUUAUAUAUUUUAUAUAUUUUCUGGUUUGCAAUUUUUACAUCCUUAAAAUACCAAAUGACUUCCCUUCUUCUCUUUCCAUGGUUCAUUUUACAUAUCCCUGCAUAUUUUACAGAAACUACACCAUUCAGUAUUCCAUUAUUACAUCCAUCAAAACUUGUUUACACUGCUGAAUUUAUCUCAAUGAUCCCUAGCUAGCAGGACCAGUGGUCAGGGAUGAUGGGAAUUGUAGUCCAAAACAUCUGGAGGGCCAAAGGUUGCCUGAACUAUGCCUGAACUAAACCAUUCAGUCUUCCAUUAUUGCAUCCGUCAAAACUUGUUUACACUGGUGGAUGUAUCUCGAUGCUGCCGGCGUUCUCAGCUGUACACAGUUAUUUCCCAUAUAUUCAAUAAACGUUUUCCGAUCGUCUCUAAAUGUAUGUUCUUCUUGUUCUCUUAUUCUGUAUGUUAAAUCUGCAAGCUGCGCAUAUUCUGUCUACUUCAAUUGCCAUUCUUCUUUGGCUGGGAAUCUCGCUCGUUUUCCAUUCGGGGGCUAAGGAAACACGGGCCGCAGUAGUAGCAUACAUAAAUAACCUUUUUUGACACCUGGGGGUUUCAGUCUGAAUUAUCUCCAACAGAAAGGACUCUGGGUUUUUUGGAAAGGUACAAUCAUACCUCAUGUUACGUUUGCUUCAGGUUGAGAGUUUUCAGGUUGCGUCCUGCGGAGACCUGGAAGUACCGGAAAGGGCUAAUUCCGGGUUUCACCGCAUGUACAGACGCACAAAAUGAUGUCACGCGCAUGCGCAGAAGCAGCAAAUUGUGAUCCACACACGCACAGACAAGGGUUGUAUUCUGCUCAUUUUACAAACGGGCCUCCGGAAUGGAUACCAUUUGCAAUCAGAGGUACCACUGUACUUUUAAGAAUUUUUUUCAAUUUGUUACAGAUCAUUUCCCAAUACUCUUUUAACCUUUUACAAGUCCACCACAUAGGAAAGAACGUUCCGUCACCCUAGGCAGCAAUGCUUAUAAAUAGCAGCUACUGGAAAUCACAGGAGGGGAGAAGAUUCUCGCGCCCGGGUCCUGCUUCCAGGUUUCCCAUGGAGGAAUCUGGUUGGCCACUGUGGGAACAGGAUGCUGGACUAGAUCGGCUACUGGCCUGAUCCAGCACACUCUUCUUAAGUUCUUACAUUUAGACCUAGGGGCACAACUGCAUACGAGUCAAGCAUCCUGGGGGAAAACGGAACAUCCCGUUCUUUAGCAUGAGAUCAUGGCGCCCGUUUUUUGUGCUGUGCUAUUGUGCCACGCUUGUAAAUACAAACACAACAAAUUUUGGGCACCGCGCAAGAUCGCAUCCUGAAAAAGCUCUUUUCUGGGGUGUGAUCAUGGCAUGGGUCACGUGACUUGCGUCCCAGAAGUUGGGCAUCCAGGUUUUUUACCUGAAGGGGCUGGAUGGUAUGCAACUGUUGUGGGCACUCUGAAACCACCCAUUUCACAGAAGAAAAUACCCGAGGAUAGGGCUCUCAAAAAACAAGCAACAGCCCCCAAAGCAAAUACAGUCAUACCUCGGGUUACAGACACUUCAGGUUGCACAUUUUCAGGUUACGGACGCACUGAAACCCGGGCGUACCGGAACAGGUUGCUUCCGGGUUUGGGCGCUCGCACAUGCGCAGAAGCACUAAAUCAUUCUUUGAGCAUGCGCAGAAGCACCAAAUUGCAACCCACGCGUGCACAAAAAAAUUUUUGCGUUGUGGGCGCUGCAGGUUGCGAACGUGCCUCCCGCACAGAUCACAUUCGCAACCACUGUAUACACUAAAUAAAGAGAGGGGAACGUAACACACGCACAAACAGGAGAUCAGGUCCACACACAAAAAUCUUCUUAAAAAUAAGAAACCCAGGACAGGAGGCUUCGGCAGGCACUCAAAGAGGCAUCCGAGGGCCCUGUGAGGAGACAGACUUAACGAUUUAAAGAAUUUCACCCCAAUAAGGCCAAUUCAAAGCAUAAAUUUAAAGUGAAAUGAUAUAACUUCAAACAAUCAAAGAUUGAUCCCCCCAAAGAAUCCUGGGAGCUGUAGUCUGUUAAGGGUGCUGAUAAUUGAUAGGAAACCCCACCCCAUUCCCCUCACAGAACUACAAUUCCCAUAAAUGUUUAACAGUCAAUCUCUCUUCCCAGGGAACUCUGGGAAUUGUAGGUCCUAUGGGGUCUCCUAAGAGCACUCAGCACCCUUAAGAAACCACAGCUCCCAUAAUUCUUUGCGGGAAGCCCUGGCUGUUUAAAGUGGGAUAGCGCAGCUUCAGUUGUAUGACAAUGUGCUUGUGGCCUGAAUUUUAGGGGGGAACCUAGAUUUAAGACAUCUCAAGUCAUUGCAGCCCAUCCCAUAAUACUCAGCAAGGUCAUGAUUCAACACACACCUAGACCCACAGUCCCAUUGUAGUGAGCGGGGCUAUCCACCCCCCACCCCCCGGGGAGGAGAACCCCCCCUUGGACAUUUACCAGGUUUGCCCAGCCCUGAGUCACUUUACCGUGAGGCAGACAGAAAUUCAACAGGUAGGUGUCCAAACGGUAAGGGCACCAGUUUAGCUUCCCUGAGCAAAAGCACAGAGUAUAAAAGACAAAAAGUCCUUUCCCAAGUUUAUUGAACAAGCCACUCAAAAAGUUGCACGUUUCUUAGACGGUUACAAACUAAAAAUAAAAACAUUGUAAAGUAUAACUAGCUAAAACCAUACUCACACAGCGACAAUAGUUCAAAACACAUGGAAUAGUCAAGAGUCCUUUCACUGGUCAAAUGCCCCCAGGCAAAGUACCAGGGCAAGAUGUUCUGUUGCCCUUUGCAUCUGAAUUCCCAAAUCCUUUAUCCUUGAAAACCCAUGUGGAGGACAGGUUAGGGACCAAUCAUUUCUUUGGGUUAAUUACCAAUUUACCAAUGGCUGUAUGACUAUAUCUCCUGAUUGUCAGCAGACCAGCACAGCUGAACUUUGUUUAGACUCAGAGACCUUAAGAUCAAAAGGCUCUUCCUUCGUUCCCAGGCACCAGGCUCCUAAAUUGUAAAUUACUUGAUAGCCUCCUGUGCCUUUUUGCAACCCAGUCCACUCUCAGGCCCCCAGCUGGGCUAGGUUCUGCAAAUCAGAUAACUUCUCAUCCUGCCUAGAGCCAAGAGGUAACUGACUCACCCUUCUAUAGUUUUACAUUUAAAGAGACCAAACACCCAUUCCCCAGAAGGCCACAAUUUUAUCUCUCCCAUAAUGCCUCACUGCUGCAUGAACCAGCGUUUGGCAUACCAAGAUUUACGAACUUCGCUACACCCGUCCAUUGAGGAAGACCCUCCCCACCACUGCAAAAACAAAAAGAAGGGGGGAAAACCCAACCACGUCUGAGUGGAGGCGUUUGCAACAUGGGGAGGACAGCCAAGAACAAUAUGCAAGCCUUGUGCUGACACUCUGCCAGUGGAAUUUUAAGAGCACAGGGGAGGGGAAAGGUGGGGGACGGGGGGGGUGGGGGCAGAGGGAGAUGGCCAGGGUUAUCUAUCCUGAUGGAAAAAGAAACAUCAGUGCAGCAGGGUGGGCCGACAGCUCAGUGGGUGAGGUCCUUGCUGUGCACCCAGAUGAUCCGGGGUGGAGCCACCCUUUCCCUUUUCGCAUUCUUUGUCACAUUUUCUCUCUUUCUCUCUUUUUUAAAAAAAUAAAAUUUUAAUCAAAUUUUCUGUUUCACAAUUUAAAACACUCAUUUGAACAUUCUUAAACUACCAAUGACUUCCCUUCUGCUCUUUCCAUGGCUCGUUUUGCAGGUGAUAAAUCCCUGCCGCUUUUACGAAAACUAAACCAGGCAUAAAGAAGGCUGAUCGCCGAAGAAUGGAUGCUUUUGAAUUCUGGUGCUGGAGGAGACUCUUGAGAGUCCCAUGGACUGCAAGAAGAUCCAACCUCUCCAUUCUGAAGGAAAUCAGCCCUGAGUGCUCACUGGAAGGACAGAUCCUGAAGCUGAGGCUCCAAGACUUUGGCCACCUCAUGAGAAGAGAAGACUCCCUGGACAAGACUCUGAUGUUGGGAAAGAUGGAGGGCACAAGGAGAAGGGGGCGACAGAGGACGAAAUGGUGGGAUAGUGUUCUCAAAGCGACCAGGAUGAGUUUGACCAAACUGUGGGAGACAGUGAAAGACAGGAGUGCCUGGCGUGUUCUGGUCCAGGGGGUCACGAAGAGUCGGACACGACUAAACAACAAAGGAGGCAUAGGCAACCUUCGGCCCUCCAGAUGUUUUGGCCUACAACUCCUAUGAUCCCUAGCUAGCAGGACCAGUGGUCAGGGAUGAUGGGGAUUGUAGUCCAAAACAUCUGGAGGGCCAAAGGUUGCCUAUGCCUGAACGAAACCAUUCCGUAUUCCAUUGUUGCAUCCGUCAAAACUUAUUUACACUGUUGGAUGUAUCUCGAUGCUGCCGGCGUUUUCAGCUGUACACAGUUAUUUCCCAUAUAUUCAAUCAACGUUUUCCAAUCUUCUCUAAACGUAUGUUCUUCUUGUUCUCUUAUUCUAUAUGUUAAGUCUGCAAGCAGCACAUAUUUUGUCAGCUUAAGUUGCCAUUCUUCUUUGGCUGGGAAUCUCACGCGUUUUCCAUUUGGGGGCUAACGAAACAUGGACCGCAGUAGUGGCAACAUAAAUAACCCUUCUCUGUCAUCCUUCUCUCUCUCUCUCUCUCUCUCUCUCUCUCUCUCUCUCUCUGCCAUUCCAACAUCUCUUUCACACUCGUUCUCCUCUUCCUCUCUUCCUCUUCCUCUCUCUAGUCAGAUCCAUGCUGAACAGUUAAAACACAUGGCUUCCCUCAAAGUAUCCCGGGAACUAUAGUUCCACCCCUCACAGAACUACAACUCCCAGAACCCUUCACAAACUUCAGUCCCUGGGAUUCUUGUGUGUGCGUGUGGGGCAGCCAUUAUCAUUAUUUUUCAUUUCAUUUCUGUACCGCUUUCUAUUCCAAGCCAAAAAUCUCAAAGCGGUUUACAGCCCUACAUUAAAACAUCAAACAACGCAAUCCAAAAGGAAGUCAAGUAUAAAGUUCAAAGCAGCGUAGUUAACGGGAAACUAAAAUAUUAUGUUAAAAAGUUUCAAAAUAAAACAUUGCAAUGGAGGUCAUGUUGAACACAGAAAAGUUAGCAACAAAGUAAUCUUAAACAUUUCAAAAUCCAAAGGAAAUCAAAUACAGUGGCACCUCAGAAGUCAAACGGAAUCGGUUCCGGAAGUCCGUUCGACUUCCAAAAUUCUAGGAAACCAAGGCGUGGCUUUUGAUUGGCUGCAGCCAAUCGGAAGGCGCGGGCGAUGUUCAGGUUCCAAAGAACAUUCGCAAACUGGAACACUCCAAAAUGUUUGACUUACAAGGCAUUCGGGAUCUAAGGUACAACUGUAAGAAAUGCACAUUUAAAACAGCAUAUGUAGUCUACAGCCAAAUGUCUACUGCAAGGAUGACUACCUAAGAAAAGUCAUAUUUAAACUACUGUAUGUGUUUUAAGGGACGCGGGUGGCGCUGUAGGUUAAACCACAGAGCCUAGGGCUUGCCGAUCAGAGGGUCGGCAGUUCGAAUCCCCGCGACGGGGUGAGCUCCCGUUGCUCAGUCCCUGCUCCUGCCAACCUAGCAGUUCAAAAGCACGUCAAAGUGCAAGUAGAUCAAUAGGUACCACUCCGGCAGGAAGGUAAACGGCGUUUCCGUGCGCUGCUCUGGUUUGCCAGAAGCGGCUUAGUCAUGCUGGCCACAUGACCCGGAAGCUGUACACUGGCUCCCUUGGCCAGUAAAGCGAGAUGGGCGCCACAACCCCAGAGUCCGCCACGACUGGACCUCAUGGUCAGGGGUCCCUUAACCUUUACGUGUUUUAAAGGCAUUGUGUCACUCUCUCCAAGCUGCUAAAAGGAUCGCAGCCAGUUCAGUUUGGAGGGGACCCAGUUGCUUGAGAUCAGAUGGGGAAAGAGUGCUGUUUCCAUUGUUCAGCCCAGACACUGAGAUCCAGCUCCGAGGGCCUUCUGGCAGUUCCCUCCCUGCGAGAAGUGAGGUUACAGGGAACCAGGCAGAGGGUCUUCUCGGUAGUGGUGCCCGCCCUGUGGAACGCCCUCCCAUCAGAUGUCAAGGAAAUAAACAGCUAUCCUAUCUUUAAAAGACAUCUGAAGGCAGCCCUGUUCAGGGAAGUUUUUAAUAUUUAAUGCUGUAUUGUUUUUAUCACUUGAUUAGAAGCCGCCCAGAGUGGCUGGGGAAACUCAGCCAGAUGGGCAGGGUACAAAUAAUAAAUUAAUAAUAAUAAUUUAAUAAUAGUUGUUCUCAGGUCCUGCUUGCCGGAAGUCAAAGAAAGUGACCCUGUGUGUCUCCUACAAAUAGUAUCCUCAACUGGCACACAACAGCUUCUUUGCCCCUGAGCUACGCAACCCUUUCCCUGAAAAUAAAGUUUAAGAUUCCAGUCCUCAUGGUGCUGAAUAAAGGGGUGGUUUAAACAGCAGCGUUAAGAAGCUGGCUGAGAACAAGCCAGACCAUUUGUCGCAUCCAGCACUCGUGGAUUUAUUGAUCAUUUAUUUUACAGGAGACAUUUAUGCGCCACCAAAUAAUUGGCAUUCCUAAGUGGCGUCCAUAAAAAGCAACCCAGGCAGCAAAAGGAAACAAUAAAAAUUUGUCGUAAAACCAUACCCUACCUUAAAAUGCCUGCUGGAACAAAAAAGGCUUAGUCAUGCUCUGAAGUUCAGCAAGGAGAGUGGCUGUCUAUCUCAGGUGGGUGGGAGUUCCAAAGGCUUUAGGGCCUAUUAUACUGAAUGCAUGGCUUCUGCACUCCAGCGGGUGCAGAAUGCUGCAGCGAGACUCCUCACGGGGUCUCUGCCAUGGAAUAAUAUUCACCCAGUGCUUUUCCAGCUGCACUGGCUCCCGGUGGAGUACAGGGUCAGAUUUAAGGUGCUGCUUUUGACCUUUAAAGCCCUUCACGGCCUAGGACCCUCGUACCCACGGGACCGCCUCUCCCGGUCUGCCCCACGGAGAGCCUCAAGGUCCAUAAAUAGCAACACCCUAGAGGUCCCGGGCCCUAAGGAAGUUAGAUUGGCUUCAACCAGAGCCAGGGCCUUUUCAACUCUGGCUCCCUCCUGGUGGAACGCUCUGCCUCAUGAGACCAGGGCCCUGCAGGAUUUGAUUUCUUUCCACAGGGCCUGUAAGACAGAGUUGUUCUGCCUGGCCUUUGGUUUGGAGCCAAUUUGAUUCCCUCCCCCUCUUUCUUUUUUCUUUUUCCUUUCUCCUCCUGCGAUGAGGCUACAUUUUAAUAUUUUAAUGUUUCAAUAUUUUAAUGUUGUAUUUUAAUUUUGUUUUUAAGUUGUAUUCAUUCAACUUGUUUUUAUUAUUGCUUGUUAACCGCCCUGAGCCAGGCCUUGGCUGGGGAGGGCGGGGUAUAAAUCAAAAUUAUUAUUAUUAUUAUUAUUAUUAUUAUUGGGUCAGCAGCAGGAACAAGUGCUGAUCAACAAGUCUGUGGUUUAACCCACAGUGCCACCCGUGUUCCUAAAGUUCAGGGUAAAGAAGUGCAAUUCCCCCAUUUGGAGGGCAGCCAGAGGACAGAAGAUCACUAGCAGAUCGAAGUUGGAUCAGGCCAAAGGCCCACACCACCCUAUUAAUUAUCACAGUGGCCAAAUGCCCCAAGGAAUCUAAAACUCUAGAUAGACUGCCCCUAGAUCUGGAGGUUCCACCAGAAUAUCAGAAGAGCCCUGUAGUUCGCCAGUGGCCCAACUAGUCCAGCAUCCUUCCUCUCUCUCUCUGUUUUUCUCUCUCUCUCUCUCUCUCUCUCUCUCUCUGCACCUGUCGAAUGUCUGCCUUGCGUUUGUUCUGGAGAGGCAGAAAAGCCCUUUCGGAAAAGGGAGAAAAAGCAAGAAAUGUCCAGUGGAUCCUGUGAAACGGAGCCCCUUCGCUGGUGGGGCUGAGGCGCGCUGGGCUCCUCCUGGUAACCCCACGUGGCUCCUCUCCAAGAGGCCGGUCCUCUCUGGCUCUCCCCCGGCGGGGCUGGAGCUGCCGGCCUCCGUCUCCGCCCCUCUUGCCCAGCCCAGCCCAGCCUGGCGAGGGUUGCGGAGGCGUUGGCCGAGAGGCCUCACUCUGUCUCCUGCCAGCCGUCGCUCCAGGCUCCCUCUCGCGCUCUCUGCAGCUCCUCCGCGGUGAGUCUCUUUGGGGCGUUCCAGCCGCGCGUAACGGGGACUUUUUGGAGAGGUGUAGAAAAAGACGCGCGCCUCGCUUGCGCGCUCGCUUGAAAAGGAGGAUAGAAAUGGGGGGCGCGGGGGGGGGCUGGAAGAAACAUUCAGAAAAGUGGGGUUCUCCCCAUUGAAAUGGAGCACCCUCCUCCCCACCCAAAAAAUUCUGCACCCCAGGGAGGGGAAAAAACUGGACUGAGGUUGAUGUGCAGUUUUAUUGGAAACCAAAUAAGUUUGGUAUUUUUUGAAAGGGAACGUUUGUUUGUUUUCUGCAGUGGAAAAGCCUGCAGUUCUGGGAAAGGGUGUGGUCCGCCCUGGGGAAUGAGAGCGGGGUGGUCUCCUCUUGAGAAAGUGGGUUGGGUGUCUUGGGGCAAGGGGGUCUUUUCUCCUGAAUCAAUCAGUCUCCGCUCAGAAUUCAUUUUGAGAGUUCUCCUGUGUUUCCUGCGUUAAUCUGGCUUGGAGUAUAGAGGCAGGUCCAUUGCCGUGAAUGGGCACGGGGGUGGGAUUAGGUCCCUUUGAUUCCACUGGGUCUACUCGUGAACCGGACCAAGUGGCUUGAAACCCCGCGUCCUUAUUCUUGCAUACGGGCUUGCAGUAGAAAAAAAAUAAAAUAAAACCUCUGGGUCUGAAAACCUCUGGGUCUGAAAAGCAUCGCUAAAAUUGGGGAGGGCGUAUUUAUUUUUAUUUUAGGGGGAUUUUAAAAUCUGGUGUCCUGAGCAAAAAGGGUGAUUCGUUUCCUCCUCCCCAUUUAGAAUAGGGGAGGUUGGGUUCUUCAGGAAGACUUUAUUUAGGGGGAGGGGAUUGUGGAAGAAGGGGGUAACCCCUGCUUUGAAGGGGUGGAGACCACCAUCAACACCCCAAAACUAAAACUAGAGGACGUGGGGGUUCCAAAGGCAGAAUUUGGGUGGACAUGGGGCUGGGUGUGUCCUGCCAUCAUUGGAUAGGGUGUGCUCCCAACUAGGGACUUGUCUGGAGUUCACCACCCAGCCAUGUGGCCGACUAAUCCCAGUUGUGGGGAGAGAAAGAAAUGAACAGGUUAUAUAUCCAAACGCAUGUCCUGCUCAUAGUAGGCUCGUUAAUAGACAUGGCUAGUUCAGGGUCAUUAAUUCCAGUGGGUCUACUCUUGAGUAGGGCCUAACUACUUCUUUAAAAAAGCUCUGGGACUAGACCACGCCACUGUCAAUCUAGCGUAGCCUGUUCCUUUGGGGACUGAAAUCCCUUGCAUUUGCUACGGGAGCAUGCAUAAGAAGGUUCCAAAGGUGUGAUGGAUCUGUAUGAGGUUACCUGCAUUCCACACCCAGAGAGGCCCCAGCCCCUCCAGCUGAGGUCAAGGUCCAACUUGCCCCGAGUGAGUCUUGGUUCCUAGGCCAGAGACAGCCAAAGCUAUUGAUGUUGUCAGACCGACCCCACCUGGCUGCUGUGCUUUUAAACACACACACACACAACUCCAAAAAAAGGGGGAGGAAUCCUGGAAACUGUACUUUACUCCCUCACUGAGCUACAGUUCCCAGCAGCCUUGGAGGACUAUGGUUCCCAGGAUUCUCUGGGGUGCUGAGGAGAGAGAACGUGCUUUAAAUGUAUGCUGUGCGGCUCAAAAAUUGAUAGGAGCACGGCUGCCGUCUUGGAAAGAGUGGCCCCACAAAGUUCGGGAAGCCGUCUCCAACGACAAAAAUAAUAUCUAAGGCGAAGCGUUUCAAGCGAAUUCAGAAAUAAAUUCUGGGAGAACUGGUUGCUCUCUUUGAGAAAAUAACCACCUCCCGUGAAAGCAAACCCAAGUCGCUUUUGCAGGUUUAGAAGAGAUGUUUUAAUUUUGCGAUAGUUGUGUUUUCUUGCGGAAUAUUGUGAUCUGGAGGUGGGUUUUUCCCUGGAGCAGUUUCUUGGGUUUUUGUUAAUGAUCGAUAAAUGAUUGAAUAAAUUAAAGGGGGGGAGAGAAUGCAUGCUAUGUAAGUGGCCAUGGGCCGUUGUGUCUGAUGGGAAUUGGCAUUGGGUGCCAGUCUGGAGCAUGGGUAGGCAAACUAAGGCCCGGGGGGGGGGCUGGAUCCAGCCCAAUCACCUUCUCAGUCCGGGUCCACGGACGGUCCAGGUAUCAGCGUGUUUUUACAUGAGUGGAAUGUGUGCUUUUAUUUAAAAAUGCAUCUCUGGGUUAUUUGUGGGGCUUAGGAAUUCGUUCAAUUUCCCCCAAAAAAAUAUAGUCCAGCCCACCACAUGGUCUGAGGGACAGUGGACCGGCUCCCUGCUGAAAAAGUUUGCUGACCCCUGGUCUGGAGGGUCGUGCUUUGUAUCCAUCCAUUUGAAAAUUGGCCAGCAGUCCUUGAUGUAGCUUCAAGUCUAUGGGGAGAAAGGCUGUGUUUGCUUUCCCCUGUUUCACACUACAAUUCCCCCCCCCCUCCCAGGGUGUGGCAUGCAGCCUGAUUACCCAAGGAACAGCCUUAUAACAGGGAGGGUCUGUUACAGGACAGGACAAGGAUAGAGGAUUUUCUUCCUUCCUUCCUUCCUUGCUAGGAUGGGCUGGGGAUUGGAUUUGGGGGGACCGCUCAGCUACAGCCCUUUCCACGGAGCCCUGAAUUUCAGUUCUCUGUUCUUCCCAUCCGCUCCCCUCGGUUUCGACCCCUUAAAGUAACAACAAACAGUUUUGCGUUUGGGUAAAAGGUUUGUUGUUUCAUGUGAUAAUGCAUAGGAAACACAGAGAGGAUAAUUGUGGCAACAGACUAAAAUGUUUAAAAACAACCCCCAAAAUGCAAAACAGGCACGUUAAAAUAAGUUCGGUUGCCUAUGGGUUUGGGAAUGAUUCUCCAAAUCACAGAAGAAAAAAAGCGAGACGUUUUCUUCGCCUAAAGAAGGAAGAUUUGGGUUAUUUCACGGUUCAGAUUUGCUGGGCUUGCGACGAUGGUGCUCUUGGAAAAUGAUGUUUCUGCUGUAUGGGAUGCCACACAGAGCCUGGCAGCAGGAUUAGGCCAAAGAGGACCAUUCUCAUGCAGCAGCCUGUUUUUGCAGCAGCCAAAAGCCCUGAGGAGCCUAGGAAUCUAGAUAGACUGCCCCUGGAACUGGAGGUUCUAUAGAAACAUCUGGAGAGCCUGGUGGGAACCGCGAGGGUCAUCUAGUCCAGCCCUCUGCAACGCAGGGACCUUUUGCCCAACAUGGGGCUAAGCGUCACCGUAGAGACAGAACCAUCACUCCAUAAAAUGUGUCCGAAGGUUGCAAGCCUGUCGAGAUCUCAAAGGAAGCCAGCAAACAGUUUGAAGGGUUUGUGUGUUGCUGAAAGGCUCUGCCGUUGCAGCGUUUUAAAGCCGCUCUUGCAGUUUGUGGGGGGCAAAUUGUGGGGCGUAGUUGUCAGAAGGGGACUCUGGUGUUGGGGGUUCAGGGUGAGGAAAUGGAAGGACCCGGAGUGAACUGUAACCGAACAGCACAGUCGGAGAAGAUGUUCCCCUUGUGCGUUUCUGUGACCUACUUAAGGCAGCAUCAGACCACAUGUUUGUUGGCAAGGGGAGACCCUCCCUGGCCGUGUCACAAGAGUUGGAUCCGUCUCCUGGUGAAGAGAAUUUCUCUUUCCAGAUCUGGAGAGAGAGAGGGAGAGGUGGGUGGGGUGCCGAAGCUUCUCAAAAGGAUAUUUGUUUUCCCAGGGUGGCAAAGCUGUUUGCUGGGUCAUAAUAAGAUAAGCAGGGAGCCGUUCUGGAUUAGACCAAAGGCCAGCUCCUCCUCCUCCUCCUCCUCCUCCCUCGGUUCCUCCAAGCAGGUCGUGAUACAGCCACGCCUGUCACCCCCAUCUGAGCCUCCGAGGUAGACUAUCCCUGUCCCUGGAGGUUCAGUUUCUCGCAGUCACAGGCCAUGCCCACAAACCGUACAUUUAAUUAUUUUCUGCCACUUUUAAUGGCCAGGAAUCAACUUUAGUUUGCCCCACACGUUUUGCAGUGCCCUUCACAAACCACAGUUCCCUAGGUUAUUUGGGGGGGGGGCACGUGACUGUAGUUUGGGAGCUGUGGUUUGUUACGGGCGCUGAGACCUCUUGGGAAACUGUCUCAGAGUUCUAGUUCCCUGUGAAAAGGGAUUCGCUGUUAAAUCGCUCUGGUUUUAAUUCAUGAGGACUAGAAACCUGCUUUAGUUUUUUUCAUUCAAGUGCUAUAGCCAAGCGGCUUGAGCAUAUGCUUUGCAUGCAAAAGGUCACAGGUUCAGUCCCCAGUGGCUUCUCCAGGUCGCGCUGGGAAGGUGCGUGGCCAGAAACCCUGGGGAGCCUCUGCCAGUCAGUGUAGACGUUAUGGAGGUAGGUGGACCAAUGGAACUGAUGCAACGGUGCUGCAACAGUUAGAUGAAGCAUCCUCCUUGCUCCCACCCACUUGGCCCUCGGAGGGCUGGCAGACUACAGAUCUGGCCCUCAGGGCGGAAAGGAUUCCCCAGCCCUCCUCUCCUCGCAUUCCUCCGGUGACGCCAGCGCUCUGCUCUCUUUAAAUCCAUCCUGAAUAAAUUAACUGGUUGCCCCAGUGGAAAAGAAGAAUUGAGCCAGUUCAGAAUGCCUUCUGGCUGUGAGCAUGACAUGCGAGGAAAGAACGCUUCCUCUUUAUUUAUUCCAUUUAUUUUCUGCGUUUGCAUCCCACUGUUUUUCUUCCUCCAAAGGGCUCAAAGUAGGGUUCCAUGUUUCUCCAUCUCCUCAUUUGAUUCCCACAACAACCUUGUGAGGUAGGUCUAUAGGCUUAGAGGUAUAGUGACUGGCUGCCAGGGUCACGUCCAGGGAGCUUCAUGAGGCCAAGUCGGGUUUCAAACCCAGGCCAGUAAUAAGCAAAUAAACCACAGCGCCCAGAAUUCUCUGGGGGAAGGCGUGCGCCUCCAACGUGAUUCGGAUGUGCUUUAGAUCCAAAUCUAAAUCCUGACCCGGUUCUCACAGCAACCUCUCUGAUUUCGCAACAACUGGCGUUGCAAAGCAUACUGCCUCCGACAGGGGACAGCGCCAUUUCUGCUAGCAGCCGUUGAACAGCCUCCACGAAUUUGUCUCGCCCCCUUUUAGGAUGUUUGGCACCUGUCCCAGAUUCUGAAUUGAUUCUGUGUAUGAGUUGUUGUUUUUAAAAGAGUCUCUAUGCUUAUAAUUGCCUCAUCAUUUUUUAAAAAACAAAAAAACACAAUUACAUGGAAUUGUUUUUUAACCGAUGCGCCUGCUUUCUUGUAAAAUGCUUUGAGCUGCCUCCUGGGGGAGAGAUACGUAAAUGGAAUUAAGAGUGCCAAUCUCAGCCCACUGUGGCAAGCUGUCAGAGAAGGGCGGGGGUGUCCCAACAAAGUCCUGCUCCGAGGAGAUCCGUUGCAAUGAAAAUGGACCAAAAUCCGCCACGUUGUUUCAUCGUUUGGCCCGGACACUGAGGUCCAGCUCUGAGGGCCUUCUGGAGGUUCCCUCCCUGCAAGAUGUGAGGUUACAGGGAACCAGGCAGAGGGCCUUCUUGGUGGUGGCACCCGCCCCGUGGAACGCCCUCCCAGCAGAUGUCAAGGAAAUAAGCAACCAUCUGACUUUUAGAUGACACCUGGAGGCAGCCCCGUUCAGGGAAGUUUUUAAUGUUUGAUGUAUUUAUUGUGUUUUUAAUAUUCUAUUGGGAGCCGCCCAGAGUGGCUGAGGAAACCCAGCCAGAUGGGUGGGGUAGAAAUAAUAAAUUAUUAUUAUUAUUAUUAUUAUUAUUAUUAAUUAUUAAUUAUUAUUAUUAUCAUGUAAGUGAUCUAGUUAGCUGCCCUUUGCCCCCCUUGGGAGGAAGGGGUGGGCAGAUCAAUCAGUCCAGCAUCCAGAGCACUCAAAAGUCAGUAGCAAAUUAGAUAGAUAGAUAGAUAGAUAGAUAAUUGAUAGAUAGAUGAUAGGUAGGUAGGUAGGUAGAUGAUUGGUAGAUGGAUGAUAGAUAGAUAGAUAGAUAGAUAGAUAGAUGAUAGAUAGAUAGAUAGAUAGAUAGAUAGAUAGAUGAUAGAUGAUAGAUGAUUGGUAGGUAGGUAGGUAGAUAGAUAGAUAGAUAGAUAGAUAGAUAGAUAGAUAGAUGAUUGAUAGAUAGAUGAUAGGUAGGUAGGUAGGUAGGUAGAUGAUUGGUAGAUAGAUGAUAGAUAGAUAGAUAGAUAGAUAGAUAGAUGAUUGGUAGGUAGGUAGGUAGGUAGAUAGGUAGAUAGAUAGAUAGAUAGAUAGAUAGAUAGAUAGAUAGAUGAUUGAUAGAUAGAUGAUAGGUAGGUAGGUAGAUAGAUAAAUAGAUAGAUAGAUAAUUGAUAGAUAGAUUAUUGGUAGAUAGAUAGAUAGAUAGAUAGAUAGAUACUGUAGAUGAUUGGUAGGUAGAUGAUUGAUAGAUAGAUGAUAGGUAGGUAGGUAGGUAGGUAGAUAGAUAGAUAGAUAGAUAGAUAGUAAAAGGCCACAUGAUAGAAGUUUAUAAAAUGGUUCAUGGCUUGCAGGCAGAUCCAUGUUUUUCUCCCUCAUAACACUGGACAUCCAACGAAGCCAAGUGUUGGGAGAUUUGGGACUGACGAACGGAAGGACUUCUUCAUGCAGCACACAGUUGAACUGUGGAACUCCCUGCCACAGGAGCCAGGGAUGUCCACCCACUUGGAUGGCUUAGAAAGAGGAUUACACAGCCAUUCCUGGAGGAAGGGAGGGCUAUCGAUGGCUGCUAGUCCUGGUGGCUCUGCCCUGCCUACACGGCUGGAGGCAGCGAUGCUUCUGAGCAUCACUUGAGGGAGAAGUGUUCUUGUGCUUUGGAGUUUUCCAAAAAGAUGCCUCUGGUUGGCCAUUGUGAGAACAGGAUCCUGGGCUCAUUGGUGGGCCAUUGGCCUGAUUCUGGAGUCUGUUCCAAUGUUCUUAUAUCUGCACCAAUACCUUUCCAUUUAAAGCUGCUAAGCUCUGUUGCUUUUCGAAGCAGUUUUCCAGUGUGCUAGAAAACUAAAUCCUAUUGCUUGUCGAAAUAGUUGUUUUGAUAUUGGUGGAUCUGGUGUGCUAGAAGACUCUGGUAAGCCCGUGGUUUGUGCAAGUGUGUGCAUGUCUGUGCAUGUGCAAAUACACACACACACACACAGAGAGAGAAAGCUCGCCAUGGAAUAAGGGCAUCUGUGGCCGACUGUCGAGAUCUGAGCAGAAUUCUGGGUGGAGUCUGUAAGAAAGGGAUUGCUCUUUGAACAAAGGACAGCCCUUAAAAUAAACAGGGUUUGGCACUGUGUGGGCGCAUGAGCGCAUGCCUUCGGAAGCAUAGGACCCCAUUGCUAGACUUACUCAUUAUGAAUGGAAUUCCAUCUGUGAGUUACUUGGGGAGAAUGUGAGCCUGCUCACACUCUUAACCAAAGAGAUUAACCCUUGACUCAGAGCACCAUCAUUCUCUUCGCCCUGUAUCAAGAGGGAAGGCAGUAUCGUGCAAUGGCUAGAGCAGAGUCGGGGAGAAGCCUCAGGCCCCAGAACCAGAUGCAGUCCUCUGAGCCUCUCUGCCCACAUCCACACCAUACAAUUUAAGAACUUGUCUACUCCUUUAACGGUCAUGGCUUCCCCCCAAAGUGGCUUUUCCCACACCAGAGCUAAGAUUCCCAGGAUCCUUUGCAGGAAGCCAUGCGCUUUGAAUGGAUGCUGUGGGAGUGGCCUCUCGCUAAGCCACGCCUCUUCCAGGCCACGCCUCUUUCCUGAUCCACACGCUUAGGGCAAGGCGGUAUCCGGUUUUCAAGAUCAAGAUACUGUCUAUCGCCAGAUAAACAUUGUGAUAUACCGAUAUAUCGGAUGGCGCUGUCUAGAAGAGGCAUCAACUGGCUUCAAGGUUUUUCUUGCAUUGUGACUUUUGCAUAGCACAUGCACACACUCAUUGGGGACGGGCAAUGUAUCAUGAUGUGUGCCUGUGCUAUGUAAAAAAAGACAUGAUGUAGGAAAAACCGUGAAGCCAGACAUCGCUUCUCUUAUUAUUCCCACCGCCCUUCUGCUCUGUACAGUGGUACCUCGGGUUACAUACGCUUCAGGUUACAUACGCUUUAGGUUACACACUCCGCUAACCCAGAAAUAGUGCUUCAGGUUAAGAACUUUGCUUCAGGAUGAGAACAGAAAUCGGGCUCCGGCGGCGCAGCAGGAGGCCCCACUAGCUAAAGUGGUGCUUCAGAUUAAGAACAGUUUCAGGUUAAGAACAGUUUCAGGUUAAGAACAGACCUCCGUAAUGAAUUAAGUACUUAACCUGAGGUACCACUGUACUAUAAAACAACAGUUGCAGCAAUAAAAGGUAAGUAAAAUAAAAAGAGUGUUAGUUUUAGACCCCUAAAUUAGGGUUGCGAUAUGUCCGGAAUUACCCAGACAUAGCUGAGAUUUUCCUGCUGGAAACUAUGGGCGGAAAUCACUGAAAUGUCCUGGAAAAUCUGGACUUACGGCAACCCACGUCGGAAGAGUAGAUUUUGGCGAAUUUCAUUAAAAAUAGCUCAAAAACGUAAGCUCAGCAACUUUGGCCACCCCACGCCCUCCCAAAAAAAAGGUCAACAGCUUUUGUGUUCUUAUUUUCACUUUUUGAAACAUGGCAGCCCUACCUAAUUAGUAGUAACAGUUGCCAGGACAUGACCCUGUUCUCCUCUACAAAGUUACAUCUUCAUUUCAGACAUCGUGAUACACUGAUCUAUCUUUCUUUCUAUAUUCUUUCUUCUGUCUUGAAUCUUGCAACAUUCAGCUUCAUUGUAUGUCCAGAGGUGUUAAAACGUAUGUAUUUGUGGGUGUCUUUAAAGAGAGAGGGAAAGAGAAACAGUUUGUAUUCUUCCCGGUACAGCAUAUGUUCUCUGCAUUGCACCGACGCUUCCGAGAAGCCGUUAAAAGGGUUUGUGGGUUUCAGCACCGGCUGACGUCUGCUUAUAAAUCUUUUACACUCUCUCUGUGCGAUGGCCGAGGCUCCCGGCUGCAGAUGGACCUCCAAUUUCCACACUCGAGGCAGCUGGAGCCUGCAAAACCUCUCAGCACUGACCCCAAGGGACUAUCUCAGAGCUGCAGAACAUCAGGACUGAGAUUUGUGAGAUGGAUUCCGGGCCGAGAAAAGGCCAGCGAAGGGACAGCCUUGCAGCCAAGUUUGCAGUCAAUCUAGUUCUAUAUUGCGAACACUGACUGGCAACAGCUCUCCGGGGUUUUGGGUAGGGCGUUUUUCCCAACCCUGCCUGGAGAUGCCUGGGACAUUUUGUAUGCAAAGUAGCUGUUCACCAGACUACGGUCCGCAAAAAGAUGGUGCAACCUGCAAAACAGGGCAUCCUAAAUUCUCUCCCUCUAUUCUGUGAGAGCUGGACCAUCAAGAAGGCUGAUCGCCAAAGAAUGGAUGCUUUUGAAUUCUGGUGCUGGAGGAGACUCUGGAGAGUCCCAUGGACUGCAAGAAGAUCAAACCUCUCCAUUCUGAAGGAAACCAGCCCUGAGUGCUCACUGGAAGGACAGAUCCUGAAGCUGAGGCUCCAGUACUUUGGCCACCUCAUGAGAAGAGAAGACUCCCUGGAAAAGACCCUGAUGUUGGGGAAGAUGGAGGGCACAAGGAGAAGGGGACGACAGAGGACGAGAUGGUGGGACAGUGUUCUCGAAGAGACCAGCAUGAGGGAGGCAGUGGAAGACAGGAGGGCCUGGCGUGCUCUGGUCCAUGGGGUCACGAAGAGGUGGACACGACUAAACAACUAAACAACAACAACAGGUCCUCUAGGGGGAUUCGUGUCCUCUGUCUCUUUUGCCCAGUGUUGGAGAUGCUUUCUCCCAGAGUCGUCUUCCACGAGGCCGUCUGCUGGCAAAUGCCAACCAAGUCAAGGCCUCGCCCAUGUACCCGGGACUCCGUGGGGAGAGCUGUCCCGCUCCGGAGACAACAGCAGCAGAGCUGGGGAGCUUGCCAGGAUCUCUUAAGCCCUGUUUAGUCAUUGCGUUAACAGCCAAGGGAUGAGGAGUCCUUCCCCUCCCCUCUGCCCCCCUCCUAAGACAACUUCUCCUCUGCAGCCUCCAGCCAACACCCACCCAAUGGGAACACCCAGAAGGGAGCGGGCAAUGACAGGAAACGUCUGUGAUUAAGCAAAAUCGCUUCCCCUUUGAAAGAGUCUUCUGCAAGAACUUUUUUUAUGUAUGCUACAACAGCAGCAAGAAUACUCAUCGCGAAGUAUUGGAAGACACAAGAUCUACCCACUCUGGAAGAAUGGCAGAUGAAGGUGAUCGACUACAUGGAAUUGGCAGAAAUGACUGGCAGAAUCCGAGACCAGGGAGAAGAGUCGAUGGAAGAAGACUGGAAAAAGUUUAAAGACUAUUUACAGAAAUAUUGCAAAAUUAAUGAAUCUUAGAAGGAUGUUGGAUAGAAACUAAGUGGUUUCCAGCUGUAAUGCUUUAAGAGAUAAGAAAAAAGGUUCAUAAAUGGGUAAAAGCUUAAUGGUAAGGAUUUGCUGAACUAAUAAACUGAACUGGAAUACAAAAAAGGGAGGUACGAGGAGGUCCGGGGAAGUAAGUGUAAGGAAGAUAGGCUAUGGAAAAUUAAUGUGUUUUUAACUGUUCUUAUUUUGUAUGUUUCCUUUUAUUUUUCAUUUCUUUGUUAUAUUUUCUUGUAUUUUUACUUUUUGUUUUUGUGUAAUUCUUGUAUUCUUUGAAAUUUUAAUAAAUAUCAUUUAAAAAAAAAAAAGAAAGAGUCUUCUGCAACUGCUGCUUGGUGUGUGCAGCCUUCUGUGUUCCUCUUCAACCAGCCCCAUGAGGACCAGAACCUUGCAUUCUUUUUUAGAGGGAAGGCAGUUGUUCUGGGGCAGAGCCUUUGCCAAGGCACUGGUCUUGACCUUUAAAGCCCUUUGUGGCUUAGGGCCCUCGUAUUUACGGGACCACCUCUCCUGGUCUGCCCCGCAGAGGACCUUAAGGUCCAUGAAUAACCAUAGUUUAGAGGUCCCGGGCACUAAGGAAGUCAGACUAUCCUCCACCAGGGCCUUCUCAGUGGUGGCUCCGACCUGGUGGAAUGCUCUGUCCAAUGAGACCAGGGCCCUGCAGGAUUUAACCUCCUUCCGUCGUGCCUGUAAGACAGAGCUUUUCCACCUGGCCUUUAAUUUGAAUUCAGUCUUUUAUUUCCCUUCUCUUCCUUCCCCCUCCCCUUUUAUGAAGAUCACCCGCUCUGAGACCCCACAGCUAAUUCUCCCCUGGCCUCCUCGCUGGCCCAAGUAGGAUCAAUUCAGCCAGCUAGCCCUGGAGAUGAUCUAAUGCUUAUUUCUCCUAAAUUGAAUUCUGAAUAUUUUAUUGUUAUUCAUGUUUUUAUACUGUAUUUUAUGCUGCUUUUAUAAUUAAGUGUUUUAAAGUGUUUUAAAUUUGUUGUUAGCCGCCCUGAGCCUGGUUUUUGAACCAGGAAGGGCGGGGUAUAAAUUAAAUAUCUAUAUUAUUAUUAUUAUUAUUAUUAUUAUUAUUAUUAUUGCAUGCCAAAGGUCUCAGGUUUGAUCCCCAGCAUCUACAUGAAGGGUUGGCAAUCGUCCCCUGUCUCAGAGCCCUUUCAUUUGGAACCAUGAGGACUGGAAUCUUUCUUUCUUUUUAGGGACGGAGCCAUAUCUAAGCCUUAAAGCUCAUGUUUUGCAUGCAGAGGGUACCAAAUUCAAUCUCUGGCGUCUCCAAGUAGGGCUGGGACUCUCCCCUGCCCUUGGAGAGCCGCUGCCAGUCAGUGUCGACUUUACUUAGCAAGAAGGAUCCCAACACUCUAACAAAGUAUUUGAGUUGGCCUUUCAUUCAGAACCCAUGAGGACUAGCACCUUGGCUUGCUUUCCCAGCUCAGCGCAAGAGCGUCGGCUUGGCAUGCAACAAAUUCAAUCCCUGGCCUCUCCAAGUAAGAACAUCAGAGGAGAGCUGCAGGAUCGGGCCAAGGGCCCGUCCAGCAUCCUGUUCUCACAGCGGCCGACUAGAUCCCUGUGAGAAACCAGUAAGCGGGAUUCGAACACAAGAGCGCUCUCCCCUCUCCUGCGGUUUGCAGCAGCGACUAGAAUUGCAACUGCGACGAAACCAUGACAAUAGAAACAGUAUACAGUGGUACCUCGGGUUAAGUACUUAAUUCGUUCCGGAGGUCCGUUCUUAACCUAAAACUGUUCUUAACCUGAAGCACCACUUUAGCUAAUGGGGCCUCCUGCUGCUGCCGUGCCGCCGGAGCAUGAUUUCUGUUCUCAUCCUGAAGCAAAGUUCUUAACCUGAAGCACUAUUUCUGGGUUAGCGGAGUCUGUAACCUGAAGCGUAUGUAACCUGAAGCAUAUGUAACCUGAGGUACCACUGUAAUGAGAACGAUUGGAAGUUUUAUGCAGAAUUUUUUUUAUUUGAUGGGUAUGUUUUUGUAUAAAUUGUUGGUUCUUUUUUUCUUACUUUUAUGUUUUGAUGUUUUCUUCUUCUGUCUUUAACUCUUCUAUACUUAUCUUCGUUGUACGUUUGUAUUUUAAAUCAAUAAAGAUUUACCAUUGGAGGGGGGGGGAGGAAUUGCAAACGUAAGGGAACCGAUGUCCCGUUGGUGGUGUGGGAUUCCUUCCAGAAGGCUCCAGGCGUCAGGCAAGAAGCCGCAGGUUAUGAGCAGGCAAAUGGGCCAGGAGCCAAGGGGAGACGGCUUAGGCCUUAAGACAACCUGGGGGCCACGCCCUUCGCGUAUUUGGACUCCUUCUGCCUCUCUCGUCCCACCCUGCUCUUUGCACUGAGAUUUAUCUCAGACUUGGCUCCGUUCCUGUCUUGCGAUUAUUAAACCUCUGGGGCCUUACCUGAGGAAGAGAGGGGAAACUGAGGAAGUUUGAGCAACCUCAAGGGUUGUGGGAUCUCGGGGGGAGAGACUCAACAAUUGCGCCAUGAGUCUUUCUACGCCGCGUCCGGUUUCCAGGUGAAGCAGAUGGAGCGGAUGGUGUCUUUGCCUUCAGACAGGAUGCCAACACGACUUUGGAGAGCUUGGCAUUGGUAAAAGUUGAAGUGGCCCCCGUAAGGUCGCCCAUAACAGCCCACCCAGCUUGAAGCAGACAGCUAGGGCAUCCUCAACACGGUUCUUUGUUGACCUCCCAAGAGAGAGGGAAGAUGCCACCACAUGAAGGUGGAGAGUUGAGAGUUCGUAAGGGUUGGAGGGGGUCAUGUAAGGUCUGCUAGACCAACCCGACUCAUUUGAAGCAGGCAGCCUGGAAACAGAGCUUCCAGAACACAGGGCUGUCCAGCUUCUCCUUGUAAUAAUAAUAAUAAUAAUAAUAAUAAUAAUAAUAAUAAUUUUAUUAUUUCUGCCCCAUCCAUCUGGCAGGGUUUCCCCAGCCACUCUGGGCGGCUACUAACAGAACACUAAAAACAGAAUAAAACUUCAAACAUUAAAAACUUCAGAUGUCUUCUAAACGUCAGGUAGUUGUUUAUCCCCUUGACAUCUGGUGGGAGGGCGUUCCACAGGGCGGGCGCCACCACUGAGAAGGCCCUCUGCCUGGUUCCCUGUAACUUCGCUUCUCGCAGCGAGGGAACCGCCCCGGCAUGACCAAGAUGUAAUUCACGGCUGAAAAUGCCAGCAGAUUAAUGUAUUAAUUGUUGAAUUAAUUCAUUAUCCUAAUUGCACACCUGGUUACAGCAGCCAGGUUGGAACUGGUCCAGAAUCGGCCGUACCUUUUCCACUUCACCUUAAAGGGACAGUGGAGUCGGGUCUGGCAAUUUAGCGGCGGUAGAAAAAGUCACGGCUGGUAACAGACAACUUAGAGGAGUUAGUUCUCAGGGGCUUUGCCUCUGUUUGUUGGGUUUGUUUUGUGACAACCGCCCUUCUCCACCCACUGCCAAAUCUCUUGCCACCCACGAUGAGCAUGUGUUAUAUACCCAGACAGUUUUUCUCCUUAGCUUAGAAAUCUGUAAAUGAUCUGUGCUGGCUCUCCGUCUUAUGUAUUUUCUUCAAGAUUGUUUGGUGUUUCUGUGCAUCCACAAUUGGCGCCGGGAAUUGAGUUUGUAGUCAUCUCUUAGUGGGUCUGGUCUCUUAGAAUCAUGGACUCAUAGAGUUGGAAGGGAACCCUGAAGAUCCUCUAGCCCAACCCCCCAACGGCAGGAAUCUUCAGCUGCCCCAUAGGGAGACAGAACCUGCAACCUUGGCGUUACCAGUGCCAUACUGUUACCAACUGAGUUAUCUCUCUGACUCUGGCGCAUGCCAUUUUUGCGUGCCUGUCAAAUCUCAUUAGAAAUGUCAAAAGAAAAUGCCCAUGAACUGGGAAGGGUGGCGUAUUGUAUGAAAACUGCAGUUAUGUCUCUUGGAGAUGCAACAAUGGGGCAGGAACCUUUCUACAUAUGUGGUGGGAGUGCAACGAGAUAGUGGGAUUCUGAGAAAAUAUCUAUAAUGAACUGAAAAAGGUGUUUAGAUUUUCAUUUGGGGGAAAAACCAGACUCCUUUAUCCUAGGUAUCAUGUCAGAGGAAAUAAAAAGAACGGGCAGACCAAUAUUUAUGUAUUCAAGUACGGCGACAAGGUUAUUGAUUGCCAAAAAUAGGAAAAGCAGCAGCGUCCCAACUAAAACAGACUGGUUUUCUAAAAUGAUGGAAUACUUCCAUAUUGCCGAACUAACAGGGAGGAUAAGAGGAGAUAUGGUACAAAAAGUGAAUAAGGAGUGGGCUAUCUUUAAAGAAUACUUCAAGAUUUAUGUGGAAAAAGUAGAAUUUCGGACAGAUAUUGAGUGAAUCCAGAAAAUGAUUAGAGUGAAGGGAGAGUAAAGACAAGAUAGAAGAAGAGGUUAAAGAAAUAACAAAAUGUGUUUAAGCCAGCUGGAAAAAUAAAGUAGCGUUACAAGAAUGGCUGGAAGUCACUUGGUGGGUGUCCGUGUGGGGUAGGUGUGUAGGUUUGCUGAUAUGUACAGUAAAGGGACGCAGGUGGCGCUGUGGGUUAAACCACAGAGCCUAGGACUUGCCGAUCAGAAGGUCAGCAGUUCGAAUCCCCGCGAUGGGGUGAGCUUCCAUUGCUCAGUCCCAACUCCUGCCAACCUAGCAGUUCGAAAGCACGUCAAAGUGCAAGUAGAUAAAUAGGUACUGCUCCUGCGGGAAGAUAAACGGCGUUUCCGUGCACUGCUCUGGUUCGCCGGAAGCAGCUUAGUCAUGCUGGUCACAUGACCUGGAAAAACUGUCUGUGGACAAACGCCGGCUCCCUCAGCCUAUAGAACGAGAUGAGUGUGCAACCCCAGAGUUGGCCACGACUGGACCUAAUGGUCAGGGGUCCCUUUACCUUUACAGUAUAGGUAGGUAUUAUAUAGAGUAAUGUAGGUAUGUUUUAUGUUAUGAAAAAAAGGUAGUGUGUUGUGUAUGUGUAUUGUGUAAAUGUAUAUGUAUGUGUUUUAUAUGUUAAUAAAAUUUAAAUUUAAAAGGGGGGGGAAAGGUGGUGUUUGGCCGGCUGGCAUGCUUGUACAAAGGGCAGCAGUCCCAGUUUCCUGGAAGUGCAAAUCUCCCAGUGGGAGCCUGAAGCGCCGCUUCUUGUUUGGAGAGGACUGUGCCAUAUGCUUAAGGGAAGUCUUUGCUGGUGAAGGGUUAAGAGGCUGAGUCAGGCGGCUGAUCCCGGGUCAGAGUGUGCUUCUUCCUUGUGUUUCUUCCUCGUAGUGCCAGCCAGGAGGAGGAGGAGGAAGGCGGGUGGACGGGUGGGAGAGACUCUUUGGCCGGGACGCCAGCCAACGCCUCCUGCCCCAGGCACAGCCCUCCCCAGAUAGGAACCAGAUGGUCUAUCCCCAGUCCAGAUGUUCUUGGCAGCCUGCAGGGUCCAGGGAUCAAAGACAAAGCGUUUAGUGGAAGGAAUGUGAAGGGAGCAGGAAAGAGAAGGAACUCCACUGAGCCGCAGAGAACCAGCCAGUCAGGAUUAGUGCUUGGUCUCCUCUCUGUCCUUAGGGAGGAAUUUCCCAAGAGGUCAGGACCUGCUAUCACCAUCCCAGUUGCGCAGUGUUUGUUGGCGGGGUGCAGUUUGCACAUGCUCUGACGACCUCCUGAGCAUUGCGACACACACAUCCCAGAGGCUUGGUGUUUUUUGUGGCAUCUGCAGGAAUUUUUUGCUAAGUGGAGGGCAGGGUAAAAUAAGACACUGGGGGAAACAGGCCUGUUUUGCACCCGCAGAAAAUAGUGCCGCCUAACUCAGUUUCUGCACAUGCUAGAAACACAUUCCUUUCUUCAUGAACGCACAGAAUAUGGGGGUUAUUGUUCAUCUGGGGGGAUGACUGCAGAGGUAACUGAAACCAAUCGCCCUUCCAAGAACAGCUGCACCGGUUGAAUUUUGUCCUGUCUUCCAGUGUAUGGCCAGCAAAAGGAAGCCAGACUCCAUGGCCCUGUUCCUCACACCCAUACUUGUUCUUUCGCUGUGCUUUGCUUUCUGACCAUGAGGACUAGGAACAUACGCUAUUUAAAUUUUUAAAAACUCAACAGAACCACCAAGGCCAUUUUAAGAGCAGCACAGCUGUGCUGGUACGCCAGGGGAACCAGGAGUGCCAGCUUGGCCCCACAGAUGUGGGUGCCCAGGACCAGAGGUGCCAUGCAGUGUGGCUGGCCCUGGCACCAAAAUUUGUGGUUGCCCAGCCCCUUCAUGGGGAACUUCGUGGGCCCCAGGGAGUUGGCUCCUAUGAAGGGUACACAGGAUGCACCUUACAGAGAAUCUUCACUCACUUUUUAAAAAAUCAAACUUUCUAGGCCUUGGUGCCGCCAAGAUAUUUGUGUCUUGGCUAAGUCUGCUCUGAAGCCCAAGAGGUGAUGGAACGGUGGCUGAGGAAGGAGCUCAUCUGUCCUGUGUUGGCUCCUCAUCCCAUUGCCCGUGACCGAGGAAAACCAGUACAGUGGACGCUCGGGUUGUGAACGUGAUCCGUGCAGGAUGCACGUUUGCAACGCACGUCUGCGCUCGUGCGGGUUGCGAUUUGGCGCUUCUGCGCAUGCGCGACUGCCGAAACCCAGAAGUAACCCGUUCCGGUACUUCCGGGUUUCGGCAGGUACCUAACCCGAAAAAACACAACCUGAAGCGUCUGUAACCCGAGGUAUGAAUGUACAAAUUAUGCAAAAUAGUUAAAAAUAAUACACUGCGAAACAUUCCACCAAAUGAAAGAAAUCAUGCCUGUUUUGCUCAAUGCAUGUGAUUCGCAUAGUUCUGGAAGUUUGGAUCAGAGGUGGCGAACCCACAGGCUUGGGAGACUAAUGUGGCCAUCCAAGCGUCUCUGUUUGUCCCUCAAGAAACUCUUUAUGCCGCACACUCUCCCGGCUCCACUCUGUGUGUGGUUUUGCAAGACUGGAGUGUGUCUGCGAAUUUUGAUCAUGCCUUUUCAUUCCUUGGAUGGAGGAUACAGAAGGGGGUGUUUGUGCUCCGCCCAUUUUCCCCUCUGGUCCUGCCCACCUGGCAUGUGGCCCCUGAAACAUUGCCCAGGAGGGAGUGUGGCCCUUGAGUUCAUGGCAGCAUGAGAUCGCUUGGCCUUAGAAUUUCCUUCCUUCCUUUCCUUUCCUUUCCUUUUCCCUGCUUUUUCUUGUUUUAAGCAUCAAUGCAGCAACAGAGAAUUGGUCCAGUCUAGUAGUCUUCACUUCCUACGCUUCUUCCAUCAACCACCGGGGAAUUUAAGACAGCAAAACUCAACAUCUCCUUCUCUCUCGCCCGUUUCUCUGCAGGCUUCCUCGUGCCCCAGAAACCAGCGCCAAGAUGCCAUCCCAGCUAGAACAUGCCAUGGAGAAUAUCAUGUUCACUUUCCACAAAUUUGCGGGUGACAAGAACUAUCUGACGAAGGAUGAUCUUCGGCAGUUGAUGGAGAAGGAAGUCCCUGGGUAUAUGGAAGUGAGUAAGGCUGAAACGGGAUUGUUAUUGGAUUAUUAUUAUUAUUAUUACUUUUCAGACUGCAGAUGAUGACGUUGAUGUCAUUGUUUGCAGAGGAGGGUGUAGGAAGUCAGGGGUACCCAACCAUAGGUGGAACCACAGCCAAUCACAGGCAGAGACAGAGACAAUAAAGGUAAAGGACUCCUGACCGUUAAGUCCAGUUGCGGGUUGCGGCGCUCAUCUAGCUUUACAGGCCGAGGGAGCCGACAUUUGUCCGCAGACAGUUUUUCCGGGUCAUGUGGCCAGCAUGACUAAGCCGCUUCUGGCAAAACCAGAGCAGCGCACGGAAACGCCGUUUACCUUCCCGCCGGAGUGAUACCUAUUUAUCUACUUGCUCCGGUGUGCUUUCGAACUGCUAAGUUGGCAGGAGCAGGGACCGAGCAACGGGAGCUCACCCUGUCAUGGGGAUUCGAACUGCCAACCUUCUGAUCGGCAAGCCCUAGGCUCUGUGGUUUAGACCACAGGGCCCAAUUCAUUCCGGAUGUUGUUCUGAUCAUCCCUGACCGACGGAGGCUGAUGACAGCAGAAGUCCAAUAUGUCUGGAGGGCACUGGCUUUAAAUUGUGCUGUUUAGGACAUGAAAAGGGAGUGGGUGGCGCUGUGGUCUAAGACACUGAGCCUCUUGGGCUUGCCAAUUGGAAGGUUGGCGGUUCGAAUCCCCGCGACGGGGUGAGCUCCCGUUGCUCGGUCCCAGCUCCUGCCAACCUAGGAGUUCGAAAGCACACCAGUGCAAGUAGAUAAAUAGGUACCACUCUGGCGGAGGGAAGGUAAGCAGAGUUUCCGUGCGCUCUGGUUACCGACACAGCGCCAGAAGCGGUUUAGUCCUGCUGGCCACAUGACCCAGAAAGCUGUCUACAAACGCUGGCUCCCUCAGCCUGAAAGCGAGAUGAGCGACGCAACCCCAGAGUCGCCUUUGCCUGGACUCAACUGUCCAGGGGUCCAGGAAGAAAGCUUGCUUCCAUCUUCCACAGGACGGCCCUUUAGGUAACAGUAAUGAUAAUGGCAGAGAUGCGGGUGGUGCUGUGGGUUAAACCACAGAGCCUAGGAGUUGUCGAUCAGAAAUUCAGCAGUUCGAAUCCCCGUGACGGGGUGAGCUCCCGUUGCUCGGUCCCUGCUCCUGCCAACCUAGCAGUUUGAAGGCACCUCAAAGUGCAAGUAGAUAAAUAGGUACCGCUCCGGUGGGAAGGUAAACGCCAUUUCCGUGCGCUGCUCUGGUUCGCCAGAAGCGGCUUAGUCAUGCUGGCCACAUGACCCGGAAGCUGUAUGCCGGCUCCCACAGCCAAUAAAGCGAGAUGAGCGAUGCAACCCCAGAGUCAGCCAUGAGUGGACCUAAUGGUCAGGGGUCCCUUUACCUUUACCUAAUGAUAAUGGCCUGUUGUUGUUUUUCCCUGCCUGCCCCCUCUUUUUCUCUCAGAACCAGAAAGAUCCAAUGGCCAUCGACCGGAUCAUGAAAAACCUAGAAGAAUGUCGGGAUGGCAAAGUCAACUUUGAGGGCUACCUCUCUCUCAUUGCCGGGCUGACCAAUGGAUGCAACGAGUAUUACGUGAAGAAGAUGAAGCCAACGGGAGUCAAGAAGUAUUGA